AUGAACAGCGCGAAUGGCUAUUGCCACACUUUGAUGGAGGAUUCCACCUGCUCCGUCCUAAUUGUUGAGGAGGUGAUACCAGUGUCUGUGAUUGGCUGGCUUCCUUUCUCCGCCCUGCUUGUGAUUGGUGUAUCCACCCACCUCUGAUAGGCUUUCCUUGCCAUUCUUAGCUCAGCUGUUGCACUCCAGGGCUGUACACUUGCUGCACACUGACCACAGGAGUUGCUCACAGCUGAUCUGCACUCCAGAAACAAGGUGUGUUGGUUGGAAUUUGUGGGGAGGAGGAGGAGGAGGAGGAGGAGGAGAGGUUUCACCUGCUCCCUUUGUCACCGCAGUUUGCUUUAAUGGGAUAGAGUGAUUUCAUUCCUAAAGGGAAAGGAUGUGCUAUGCUAAGAAAUAUUGAAGCUGGGUGGAAAUCUGGCUGAGAAAUACGCAAUUGGGACAAUGUCAAAAACAAAAAAAAGCAUGUGGCUUCUUUUGCUUCUUGAGGGUGCUCUUAUUUAGGUUUUCUCCAUAGGGAUGAAAUUUUCUGCAGCUGAGGCUGUUGUAUAUGUAAGCAUAUAUAUUGCUAUGAGGGACAUGGGUGGCACUGUGGGUAAAAGCCUCAGCGCCUAGGACUUGCCGAUCGAAAGGUCAGCGGUUUGAAUCCCCGCGGCGGGGUGCGCUCCCGUUGCUCGGUCCCAGCGCCUGCCAACCUAGCAGUUCGAAAGCACCCCCGGGUGCAAGUAGAUAAAUAGGGACCGCUUACUGGCGGGAAGGUAAACAGCGUUUCCGUGUUCUGCACUGGCUCGCCAAAUGCAGCUUUGUCACGCUGGCCACGUGACCCAGAAGUGUCUCCGGACAGCGCUGGGCCCCGGCCUCUUGAGUGAGAUGGGCGCACAACCCUAGAGUCUGUCAAGACUGGCCUGUACGGGCAGGGGUACCUUUACCUUUACCUUUAUAUUGCUAUGAAGUAAUGCUAAAUUAUAAGUGGUUGGAUGCUUUGUGUAAAUGAUUCGACAGUGCUGUCUGUGGUUGAGGGCAAUAAGACUCGGAACGCUUUCAAUACAAGGACAAAAUAUAGUACAGCAUUUAUUUCCCAUUUGCACAGUUUGGCCAAUUCAAUGUCUGUAGUCUUUCCUUCUGUGAUAGUUUAUCUGAAAUUCUGGAUACAUUUCUUUCCAUGUGAAUGUCACCCAUUUCCUUUUGGUUAACAUUUAUUUUCAGGCCUGAAUCAAAAAGUCCCCCCCAAAAUUUUUUUUAAAUCUCCAAACAUCCUUUGUAAUAUUAUGCAAAAGAUAUACAUGAUAACUUUGAGCAUAGGAUAUCCACUUGGUAUCUUUGCACAAGAUUCUUAUUUUUUAUAAUGGAAGAACACAACCAUUUGUGGAUUAGUUCCAGCUGUGUGUCAGUGGUUCUCCAAGGGUUUGGCAAGCCUGACUGGUGCGGCAAGAGAAGAUGGCAAGUAUGGCAGGAAGAUUAAUGACAAUCAAAGGAAGGAUAUUUCAGUGUAGUAUAGUAUCAAUUUAAAAAAUAUAUAUUUGCAGAAUAUGGAUAUGAAUAUCUUUUGAAAAAGAGAGGAAGAGCGUCAAGUGAGACUGAGGGCAAGCCUAGUUGUGUUUUCCAUCGUCUUGCUUAUCAAUAAAAAAUUUGGUGUGGGGAACAAGCAACUUUUCCCCCCUGAAGUGUGGCCCAGAGAAACAAGUUUGAAACUGCUGUAGGUGAAGUGGUAAAACUUCAUAAUGUGUGUGUUACGAGGGGUGGAGGGGAGUAAUUGUAUGGUUGAAUACCUUCCCGUGGGUGGGUAGAGGGGAAAUCACUGCAUGCAAAAUUAAAAUAUCAGGGAAAAGACAAUUCUUUAGUCGUUUCCCCCAACAUCUACUUUUGUGUGUCUAAACCCAGCCAGAUGGGCAGGGUAUAUAUAAAUAAUAAUAAUAAUAAUAAUAAUAAUAAUAAUAAUAUUUGUUUUGCAUACGGAGGGGCAUUCAGUCCCUGGCUAUGCAAUUUGAAGUGGAACAUAGACUGUAGAUACAGAAUAUAUUUACCACCUCACCUGUUAAUUGUAUGAGCCAGGGUUGGUAGACAUGUGAAGCAAACAAAUGAGAAUCUGUGGUUCCAACUCUGGUGGCGAUGUUCUACCUCCACUGUCAGAGGCAAUAUCCUUCUAGAUAGGAGUUGCUGGAAGCCGCAGGCAGGGAGAAUGCAAGUUGCACUCAAGUUGCUAGUGACUUGGUAUGGACACUUGGUUGGCUACUGUGAGAACAGAAUGUUUGACCCAACGGCCUGAUCUAGCAGAUCCUUCUUGUGUUCUUAUGUCCCUCAGUGCAACUCUGAUUUUGACCGUGUUGGCAGUGCCCAGCAUGGGCAGCAGCAAUCUCUUGGGUAAUUGUGAGGGCAGAAUGAGGUAGAAGUCUGGAGAGAAGGUUUACUCUGCCUUAUUUGCUGUGGUUGCCCCAGUCAGGGAUGCUUCGAUGUGCAAAGGAGUUUUGGUUUUAUAUUUCCUUCCUGCCCUGGUUGCAGCCCCUCCUCAAGCAGCAUUACUGACAAAAUAAAAAUGACUGGGAAAGGCUGCUACGGUGUUGUUGUUUGUUUGCACAUGAAAGCAGAAGCUGAAAGGGACAGAGAGAAGAGAUUACAUAGCUUUAAUAAGGCUGAGUGGUGUGAAGGGCAGUUGAUAGACCUAAGGUCAUUGGUGCCCAAAGUUGAGAAGAUGAAGGACAUGGCAGGCAUGAAAACAUCUACAGACGUUUUCCUGAGGUGAAGUGGCUUGUGGCGCUGCUGUGAGAAAAAGCUGAGGGAGUGCAGGAGUUGUGGGGCAGGCACAUUAAGCUGCUCCAGAGACAAGGCCAGGCUACAAUAAGACAAAUGUGGGUUAAAAUAGGCCACAACAUAAUUGUGGGGUUGGCAUGGCAUAUUCUCUGCUGCAAACGUCUGAUGUUCUUUUCACAGAAAACCCAUCCCAGAAUGCCAGCUGAGGAAUGUCAUGGGAGUUAACCAGUGGGGAGGAUCUAACAUGGUGCAAGUCAUGCACGGGAUGCCGCUGGCAACCUGUGUUGAGUGACACCAGGCUGAGCUCCACGGGAGCUGUGAUGGCUGCUUGGUGCAUCACCUCAAGAUCCAACAUGGGGUUCCCCAUCCCUGUGAUUGAGAUCCUGCCCAAUGCUAUGUCCUCUGCAAGAGUGGGCACAUAGCAAACCACUUGCUGCCACCCUCACCUACCACAGCAGCCAGCCUAGCAAACCUGAGCAUGGGACAUCCUGCCUCUUCAAGAGUUCUGGAAAGAACAACGAAGAAUUUUGAGGUUCUGGAAUUGGCAAUGGUAUAAAACAGGGUUGAGCUGGUUGUAGCAAAUAUAAUCAAAAGGCCUGUGGCAUCUUAGGACUCCUGUUUAAUGAACACUCAUCCUGAUUUGCUGGCACAAAGCUUGCAUGGAGAUUAUACAAUGUCCACCUUUAACAGAGCAAUCAGUUCUGGUUUCCCUGUAGGGAGGUUGUAUGUCUUCUCAUCAACCAGUCACUAUCCUAUCCUUUUUGGUGCACUUUGCUUUCCUAACUGCAAGAUUACCUUUUUUUAAAAAAGGGAGUGGAGAUUUGUUGCACCAGAGGAUUUUAAUCCAUUUUAAUUGUGCAAGACUUAAUUUCUGCCAUGCAAUCGAAUCCCUACCGCAAAAAUACCGAUCGUCCGGAGGUGAACUUAAGAGCCUAUCACAUUUAUUGUGGCAUAAACAUUUGAGAUCUACAGAAAACUUCAUCAGAUUCAUGAAGUGAUCUGGAAAGUUGGUCAGGCAUAUGGAUUUGCAGAGGGAAAUAAUUCCCCACGUCUUGAUUUGGAAUAUAAUCCUGGUUCUUCUGUACUCUUCUGUAUGGCCAAACAGCCAUGCACUAAUCAAGCUCUCUCAGCCAUACUUGAGUUUCCUUUCCGUUUUGGGUAGAGUGGGCAAUUGCUUCUCCUCCAGUCCAGCCCAUUGCUUGGAGAAGAACAAGGACACAAGGUCCUCUGCCCCCCCCCCUCCACAUGUCCCUGCAGGACCAGAACAUGCAAAUGCUAACUGCACAUGUAAAAUGCAACAAACGCCAGCUGAAAUGAUGCUGACGUUUGUCACAUUUACGCUUCAGAUUUGUAUGUGUACUCUUAAACCAUCUUAGGCUAUACUCACCUAAACAAACACACACACCAACAACCGCAGUAUAUGAAGUGGUCCUUUCAGCUGAUUGUGCUCAGGGAUGCUGUGUUUUGCUCCUUCACCUCCAGGUCAAGAAGGAAGGAAGAUAGUACAAAGUUCAGGUUUAGAAUUAUUUCAAAGCUCCCAUUUCCCAAACCUGUCUGAUUUAAAUGUCACAUUUCAGACCAGAACAGAGCGGCUCAUUACUUAGGAGUUAUGAGUCAGAGGGAAAGAUCUCAACAACACAGAGACUAGCUCAUACGAAAUCGCUGUUUAUCACAGCACUUAAAAGAGCAGCACCCACAUGCCGUACUUAAGAUUUAAUUAGAGGUGGGUCAAGUGGAUGUACCCACAGGAAAGCGAGAAACCACACCUACCACACUGAUACCUGAACAUAAAUCCAUGCGGAACAUCCCAUGUGAAUGAGUUCCCUUGGCACCCGAGAGCGAAACAGUCUCCAUCCCUUUUGUUUCAUAGGGAUGGUCAUUGUUCCUCCAGGCGUCUGAUUGCUCAGUACCUUGCAUCGAUUGUGACAACGGCAAAGCUUAAGCAGGUCCUCCUGGGCUGUUCCCCUGGCAUGACUCAGUUCUUUCAUCACAGCCUUUGCAACCUCCUCCUUUUUCUGCUGACACUGUGACUUGUUCCCAUGGCUGCUUGGUUUCUGUUGUCACUUAAGCUUGUGAACCUAAAACACAGCUGCCAGAAGACUCCAGCAGCCCAUGGAUCUUGUUUGCUAGCUUUGGGAUUUGAACUUGCCGAAGUGGUCUUAAGCAGGGGAUGGGGAAGCACAACUCACCCAUACUCCUUUAUAAUAUCCGAAAUGGGGCUCAGAAGAUGUGCUUGGUCCCACCUAGAUCUUGUUGAUGCCCCUCACUGAUCCGAAUCUGCUUUACUUCUGUUGAUCGACUCAUGUACUAUGAUUCUGCUUUUGUUAUUCGUGCCUUUUGCAAACAUUUUUGCAAACUGGGCCCCUCUGUGUGUUUGCGUAGAUGCACAUGGGUCUAUAUCCAGCACUUUCACCAUCUCCUUCAUGGCAUCCGUCUCACGGGGGUAGGUUUCUGCCAACUAAAACUCAUGCCACAAUAGAUGCAUCAAUUUCUUGGUGGUUUAAAAUCUUGCACCCGUUAAGAAAGCACUCAUUUCAGAAAUUACAAAGAAAAAGUGGAAACGACUUCUAUGUCCAUAUGCAACCCACUGACAUCCUUAGCAUUCAUUGUCUUUAUCGGUGGUUCUAUGUCCACUCACUGUCUCUGAUGGGUGCCAUUGCGGACUGCCAUUCCUGCGCGCAGUAGAAUCUGACAUGGGAAGUCCCAGGGACCGUUUCCCAGGCAGCAAAGGAAGCCUCUGGGAUUAAGCUUGCUGUCUGGGUAACUAGUCCCGCCCGAUCACCUAAUCAGCAAAUCACAAGAGGGCAUGGGCCACCAGGGAGCAGGCUUAGCCCACCCCUCCCAUAUAGAACAUAGAGCUGUGCCUUCAUUGGACCCAGUGCUCCCCUUGCCAUUAAUAUUGGUUCUAUAUUGCUCCUACGUGCAAAAAAUAAAUUAUAUGCCGCUUUGUGAUUUUUGUAGGAUCCGACAGCAAGUGUAUUCCUUUCGCUUUGCUUCAGGAAACUUUCCUCCACCUUGAAAAUGUAGAACCUUGUGUCGACAUUGCACAGGGACUUGGCAAGCAGUGUCUCCUUUGCAGGUCCUGCUAAAAAAGCAACUCCCCCUUUCUUCCCAUGUGGACAGUCAGGGGAAUUGAAAACAGGCUCCAGUUAGGGACCAUGUGGCAGCCAGUGUGGUGUAGUUGUUAAGAGCAGUGGACUUGUAAUCUGGUGAAUCGGGUUCGCAUCCCCGCUCCUCCACAUGCAGCUGCUGGGUGACCUUGGGCCAGUCACACUUCUUUGAAGUCUCUCAGCCCCACUCACCUCACAGAGUGUUUGUUGUGGGGAAGGAAGGGAAAGGAGAAUGUUAGCCGCUUUGAGACUCCUUCGGGUAGUGAUAAAGCGGGAUAUCAAAUCCAAACUCCUCCUCCUCCUCCUCCUCUUCUUCUUCUAGAGAUGUAAUGAGUGAAUGCAAUACUGAGUACAUCCAGUAUGCUGAAUAAAGGCUCAUCCAGGUUUUCUAGGCAUCACCCAUGAUUUCUAGGCAUGGGUCCAUAAUGUUGAUCUUUUGUCCCACUGCUUUUCCCAGGAAAACCCCACUGUUUACCCUACGUGUGCAAAAUCCACUUCCUCCAUAAGCCUGUGUGGAUCUGUCCAUCUGUCCAUCUGAAAAAUUGUACCUAAAAAGAAACAGAAUGUUGAACAUUGGGCUUGUCCACACUUCUGCUUCUCCUGUGCCUAGAAAGCAAGAGUCCGAGCAGUUUUCCCUUUGCCCGCCCCUUUCCCAGGGAAAACCCACUCUUUAGUGCUAACUCAGAGCAGACGUUAAUCCGGAGAAAACCCGAAUUGCCAUUUGCUCUGAUUGAGUGGUUUCCCCUGGUGGAGGGCGGGAAGCAGCAGGACAAGAGGAAGCGUGGCUAUGUUCAUUGUCAGGCCCUGGAGUAUUAAAUGAAGGAUGUGAGAGUAGCUUUCCAGUGGGUAUGGGAAGAAUCAGGCGAUGCUGAGUAUGAAUGGAAUCCUUUAAAGGAAAUUAAUAUGCCCUGAGCUCUGAAUCAAACAUGUCAGUGCAGGUUCUCAGCUGAUGUGAGUCCUCAUAAAUAAGAAUCAGGAAAACAGAAAAGAGGAUCGUUCACUUAAGGUGAAACAUCAAGUUGGGUUGCUUUGUAAGGAUUUAUGUGUUAAAAGAUUUCGGUGGAUUCACUGCACACAUGAUGCAAAAGGUGAAAGCAGUCAUAAUUGUUAAGGCAAUGUGAUUAACAACUUAGAGAAGGCUGUCAUGAAACCACAACAUUCUUUUUUAAAAAUUCCUGUCCAGCCUUUCUUACAAAACCUUCCUGGGGUAAAAAGGUGCACACUGUUGAAUCCAAAUCACUUCCCACAAAUAGGCUUUGGUUGAUCAGUAGCUGCUUUGAAUUUGACAGGUGUCAAUCACCUGGUGUCAUUAUGAUGGCUGGUGAUUUCGGAUAUAGGGUGGUAUAGAAAUAACAACAACAACAACUGGGGAGUUGUUCUGCUCAGCUGUCAAAGGUGAUUCACUGGGGGUGCGGAAAUUAGGGAUUUGACCCACUGAGCAGAUCCCGUUUCUGUCCUCCAGUUAAACUGCUACUACAUUUGCUGAUUUCCUAUCCCCUUAAUAUUGAUUAUUUAAUUUAAUAAAAUUCACAUAUUUUUAAUGUAUUGCUCAAUUUGCUGCUUGCACUAUCUCUGGUGGCUGUUGCGAUCAGUUGUUCCCCCUUUUUGGCUGAGAUGCUUUCAAAAUAGUUGAAAACUGAUAUGCCUCUCACUUACAUUUUUCAUUGAGGCAGAAAAAGCUCAUUCAUUUUCAUUGUCUAGAAUUAUACACAAUGAAGUUGCUUAGCAUUGGCUUAGUUGAUAAAAGCCUAAAAUGAUACCAGCUUUUCGUGCAUUGUCAUCAUAACUGAUUUUCAUGCUUUCCUGUCCUUUAUAACUUUCUGAACCCUAUUCUUAACUCCAUAACAACUUAGCCAGUUAUUACACAUUUUGAAUUUAAUAUAGUUUUGUGUCAAUUAAGUCAAUAUGUCUUAAGACUGCACACAGGGAAAUCAAAUGCGCACUGAAGCCUUCGUGCACCAUUUGUGCCAUUGUUGUUCAAAGGCAAUAAGCUGGGAAGGAGAAACGGAAUGCCUGUUCUGAUCAUUUGCCAGUUUUGCAUUCACAUUAGGCAUUGAUUUCAGGGCUAGCCAAUUUAAACUUGACGUAUGACAACACCCUCAGCCACCUUCUUAAUCAGGACAGUCAGGCUUGAUGGCUAUGCAGAAUAGAUAUUGCGUAUAGGUGAGCCACCUGAAAGAUGAUGCCUGUGCAGGAUGUUUUGUUAUCAACAUCCUGUAAUGUGAGUGGCCAACCUGCAAUGCAAGGUACCACAACUGACAUAGCACACUCUGUGUUUUCCUAGUGGUUCUAGGAUACUAGAAUCUGGAUUAGUUCCAGCUGAGAUGUUAUGUAGGAUUCAAGCUUGCUCUGAACACAAGAUAGACCAGAAAGGUUCUGGUAGAACUCAGUCUGAGGUUGAAGCUGUUGUAAUGACACCAUACUGUCUCUGCUUAGACCACUUCUCUAUGUUUCCUUGGGUCCCUCAAUAAAAUGACAGCUUCCACUCCAGCCCUUUACUUACUGCCAAAAUUGCCUUGGCCAAUGGUGGGCUCCAGGUGUAGUGUAGUGUAUCAGAGUGACAUCACCUCGUACUUUGACCCAAGAGGUUGGCUACUAUGAGAGUUGUGCCAUUUGUGUUUGCUUACUGCUUUGGUCAUAGGGACGCGGGUGGCGCUGUGGUCUAAACCACAGAGCCCAGGGCUUGCCGAUCAGAAGGUUGGCGGUUCGAAUCCCUGUGAUGGGGUGAGCUCCCAUUGCUCGGUCCCUGCUGCUGCCAACCUAGCAGUUCAAAAGCACGUCAAAGUGCAAGUAGAUAAAUAGGUACCGCUCCGGCGGGAAGGUAAACGGUGUUUCCGUGUGCUGCUCUGAUUCGUCAGAAGCGGCUUAGUCAUGCUGGCCACAUGACCCGGAAGCUGUCUGCGGACAAAUGCCGGCUCCCUCAGCCUAUAGAGCGAGAUGAGUGCCGCAACCCCAGAGUCAUCCGCAACUGGACCUAACAGUCAGGGGUACCUUUACUGCUUUGGUCACUAGACUUCUGCUCACCUAUUUCUUGUUCUCUGUUCCCCUUCAAGAUGGAGAGGUACCACUUGGUUGUGCUUCUGCUCUGUGGCGUCUUCAUGUCAAGAGUCUUCAGCGUUACGUACAGGAAUUUUUCAAUAGAUUGUGGAACUCUGUUGCCCGACGACCCAGCUCGGCCUCAGGAAUCUGAAUUGCCCUAUUCCAUUUCUGUGCCAUCAGAGGUGUACGACCCAGGAAGUGAAAUAAAAGGUAUGUUACAUAAGAGUCCUCUUACUCUGCGAAUUUUGCUAUAGUUCACCAUCCUUCUUAUUCUGAACACUUUCUUGUAAAGAAGGUGACUGGAAUAAGUUGGAUGGUGAGUUAUGAGAAGAUAAUGUGUCUUAUGAGACCAACUUGUUGGUUUGUAUGCCAAAUUACUAUAGCAAAAUAGACUAUAACUUUAAUUCCCUAAAAGUGUCCAUAUUUUUCCUGCUUUUACAACCUGUGCAUUGGGGUAUUAUAGAGAUGCUUCUUUAAAAUGGCUGUUUUAAAUUACUCAUGAUAGUGCUUGUAUUCUUCUGAUAAGCGACUGAUAUGUAGUGGACACCUUGUGGAGCAGGGAAUUUUCUCCAUGCCAUCAUCGGUCUUUUUGCAAGAAUGGAAUUUGGAAACCAGAAAAUACAUUGCAUAACUCCUAUUUCUGCUUUAAUAGAAAUAUUAUGGAUUUAGCUACGGCAGCUAAAAAUGUGCCAUAUUACUGAAAUUAAGGCAAUGUGGAGAGGCGUAAGUGAGCCCAACCAUCCAUAUAUUAUGGUCAGUACUAUUGAAACAGAAUGCAAAAUAUGUUACACUUAUGAUUCUCAUGUUCUGUGUUUCUCCAGUCGACAUACAAGGAGCAUCCGGAGCUGGAUUUAAAUGGUUUAUGCUACAAGCCCGAGACAUUGAUGAGAACAUCCCUGUUGGUUCGUUUCAAGUCACAGAUCCAAAUACACAGACCCACGACUGUUACAACAUGACGGUAUGUGUUUACUCCUUCAGCUUGGCUAUUUAACAUGGUUGAAUUUGUUGGUCCCAUCUAGAGGAAAUCUGCCUGGUACAUUACACAAUAAGCUACAUGAAAAAGGAUUCUUAGUGGGACAUCAGUCAGAGCUGUCUAGAGGGAAGACAACCUUUGAUUUAACCCCAGAACGGCAGUAAUAAACAAAUCACUUUCGCAAUAGCGGGAAAUAAGCAUUGGAUUUUCCCCAAGAAUAAAUAUUGGGACCGUUGCAAUAUAUUUAUGAAUGAAUACAGCUGCUGUUAUACUUAAUGAGGAUGAAGCAGGGAUGUGUUUAUAAUAGGGAAUAACAUUUCGACAACAGGCACCACUCUCUUACUAUGUGAGCCUGCGUAGGGUGUGUAUGGUGUCUGCACAUGCACAGUUGUCCUCACUGGGCUGCCUUUGCAGGGCUCAGCCUCUUAAAAUCAAAUAGCAAAUGGGGACAUUUAUUUUUGCAGGAGUCUGAUCUGUACUUAUGAGUACAAAGCUCUGGAUCACGCAGUGGGUGGGAAAGGCAUCUUGUUAACUGUUCACCUGAGGGGAAAGGAUAAUUUUGUUUGCGUCAAACCACUGGAUUUCAUUCAGUGUUCCAACCUUGUAGCAUUCUGUUCUGUGUGCUUGGUAAUGACUCCAUGGUGAUUCCCCAGGGCUGGGCCAUUAGCACCACUUUAAAAGAAAGCAAGACGGCACCCUAGGAAGAUGCAAUUCAAACUGACAGAAACAGUGUUUUGCAGCUCUCCAUGUGACCCAUGGGGAAUAGUCUCAUUUUUCGUAAUCUCUACAAAGGACAGAAGAAACCUCACCUAGGACAGAAAAAAACCUUAUAUGGUCCUGACACAAAGCAAAGCACAAUAAUGAGCUUCUGCAGAAAACACAAUGGGAAUAUUUUAUUAUACAACGCUAGCAAUGCAGAAAAACACAUCUGAGUUGCACAUCAAGAGCAUAUGAGAGGACAUUACAGUGCUGUUGAAUGCCUUGUUUUGUCAUUUUCUGGAGUACCUAUUUUUAUUUUGCCUAUUUAUAUACUACUCAGUAACCUUGCAAAAAGUAAACCGGAGUUCUGUCUCCAGUGCUGCUGUUAAGACAUUUCCUUCAAAGAAGCAAGUUCAGUAAAUGUCUAAAAAUGAACGAAUAAUCUUAACGCUUGUCUUUAAUUUUUCAGAAUUCAGCAUUAAUUCACAAGGACUCAGAAGAGAAGCACAACAUAUCAUCUCUUUGGGUUUCACCCAAUGCUAAAAAGGUUCAGUUUAUGUAAGUGCAUAUUAGAAAGGAUUAAGCCUCGUUAUGAUUUUCUGUUUCUUUGGGUUUUAUUUUUUAAUCCAAAAAUUUCUCUGAUACAAACAUCCUCUAGUUUUGGGAGUGUUUUUUUUUUAAACUUCAGCUUGGCAUUCAGAUUAAAUAUUAUAAUACUGCAUGCAGGGAAAGUUGCAUGUUUUCGAUAGACAUAUAAAUAGGGUGACAUGCAAGCCACACCUGUUGAAACUCCCCCUUCUGCACAACUAUUAAAGUCUCAGGAAGAGCUGUCUCUUCCCCCAUCUGGCCGCCCAACAUAUGACAUAGUGAUCCAUCUGGUUUGCUGGUGUGGUGAUUCAUUGAAUAUGUACAUUAGGGCCAACCGAAAUGGUACAAAAUAGUGUGCAAACUUCUGAGGUCUUCAGAACUCUUCAUCAGGCUAGACAGUAAACAAAACCAGGGAGAGAAAGCUUGGCUGAUGAUGGAGCCUGCAUUCAAUCACACUCUUAAGAUAGAAUGUGAAUUUAUUAAUAAUCCUGGGUAGAUGGAGAAGUAUUAGAAAAGUGGAGGAGAGGGAGGGAGGAGAGUUUUGAUUCAACAAAUUAUUUAUAUGUCAGAAUGGUGUGACAUAUCAUGUGAUAUAGUUUUGGUGAAUAACAACAGUCUGUUAAAAAUAGAAGAAAUAUGCAUACAUUCGGAUUUAAUGGGAAAAACUGCAACCAGAAAGCCUACCUUAGAGCAAUAAGGCAAAACUGUUAUUGACACUGCACAAGAAACCCAUUCUGAUCCAAACCAUGACCUAUUAACAACUGCAUUUUCUUUCCAGAGCGACUGUUUUCCAAGAUGCUGAAACGUACUGGCUGGUUCCCAGCAUAGUCCUGUUUCCUAAGCUUUCCAAUGAGACUAAAGUUGAAGAUGAGUCUAAAAAAGCCAAUGUAUCGUCAAAAAGUAGGAAGAAGGUAUGCUGAAAUAAAGUCCAGAUAAAUCUUUGAUAUUCUCAUGCACUUUUCCCCUACAUUAUUAUGACUGGACUUUGGCCCAGACGGUGAACUUUUAAGUCCCACGGAUUGCACAACCAGCGAGAAAAGUCUAAGUGUGGAUUGUGUGGUUAGAUAGGAUGAGCACUUGUGAUUACAACAUCAGUACUUGUAGAAGGGACAGCUGUAUCACUCCAUGUUCCUCUGGUUCACACGCUAUGUAGUCUCUGAUCCUCAUACAGUCAUGCGACAGAACCUGUUCACGUGAUUUAUUUUUAUGUCAAUGAUACGUCCAGCUUUAAAAAAAGCUGUAGCACAAGCCCUUUUCCUAAAUCGUAAUUAUUUUUGUUUCUUUACAGUCCGUUACCAUAAAAAUAGACUGUGGACCAGUAAGUAUCCUUGAACUCCUUAUUUCCCAUGAUACCCCUUAUUGACACAACUGCUUUUUUUAAUGCAUUGUGUCCAUUACUGUGCAUUUAAAAGCAGCAAAAUGGUUCUCAGCCGGCAGAAUGACGGUAUUUUUCUUCUCUGACACCUUUUCUUGAGCUGAAACCUUUGCCUACAUCUGCCCUAAUGCAAUGGAGGAGAAGGGAAGGAACAGGAAGUGCUGGUGGCUCCAACUUCCUGUCUCCAUCUUCCUGCUUCUGUUUUUCUUUGGAAUGCCUGGGAAAGCACUUUCUCCUCUCCCCCUUCACUAAACCUGAAACUGUACUACAUUUGCAAAAGUCCUUAAAAAAUCAAAUGCCUUUUAUUGCUUGCAGGGAGGAGCUCAUGUAGGCAGCAGCAAAUGUGCCCAGGUAAGUGCUCAUUUUUUCAAAAUAUAGGGCACAAAUGAUAAUGUUAGCCCUUUGAUAGCCUUUCUAUUAUUUGCUGAAAGCUAUUUCCUUUAUCUUUACACAUACUCUCUGUCUCUCUCUAUUGAACUUCCCCCAAGCAUAGCUGUCAUCUUUCCCCUUUUCUUGCGAGGAAUCCUGUUCGGAAUAAGGGAAUUUCCCUUAAAAAAAGGAAAACGUUGACAGCUAUGCCCCCAAGCCACCCCAUAUACUGGGAUUACUGCUAUGAAUAUUACCACUGCUAAUUUUGGUUGUCAGUGUAUGCAGACACUUAUACCUGACAAAAAUGCCACACAGAGGUAUUGUGAACAGAGGCUAUGCUUGAGCAGACAUGGCCGCUGUUCACAAGACUCAAACAUGAAUCUAGGGCAGGUGAGUCCAAUAUUUGAAAUGUGGCACGUUGCUUUAUACCAAGUUGAGCUGUUGGCCCAUCAAGCUGACUGGCAGAGGGCACUUUUGGGUUUCAGACUGGAGAUGUUCCCAGCUUUAUCCAGACAUAUUGGGAAUCAGGACCUUCUGCACUCAGUGCAGGUGUUCUGCCACUGAGCGACAUGCUGCCCUCCUUCAUAUUGUUCCUCCUUCCCUAUCUUGAAUGCCAUAUUAAGCAGUUGGUCCCUUACCUUUCUCGCCCACAGUGAUCCAUGUGAGGGUCACCUCCAGGCUUGGUCAUUGUAACUCGCUCUACGCGGGGCUACCCUUGAAGCUGAUCCAGAAACUCCAGCGGGUGCAGAAUGCCGCAGCGAGGCUCCUUAUGGGGUUCUUGCUACGGGAUCACAUUCAUCCAGUGCUUUACCAACCGCACUGGCUCCCGGUGGAGUACAGGGUCAGGUUUAAGGUGCUGGUUUUGACCUUUAAAGCCCUACGUGGCCUAGGACCCACGUAUCUGUGGGACCUCCUCUCCUGGUAUGCCCCGCGGAGGACCUUAAGGUCCACAAAUGAUAACAUUUUGGAUGUCCCAAGUCGCAAGGUGGUUAGAUUGGUCUCAACUAGGGCCAGGGCCUUUUCAGUACUGGCCCCGACUUGGUGGAAUGCUGUGUCACAAGAGACUAGGACCCUGCGGGACUUGACAUCUUUCCACAGGACCUGCAAGACAGAGCUGUUCCGCCUGGCCUUUGGUUUGGACUCAGUCUGACCCUUACGUUUCCCUCCCCUUAUGGUUUUGAUCUAUGGGCUACUUUUAAAAUGAGGUUGCAUUUUAAAUUGCAUUUUAACCUGUAUUUUAAAUUGGUUUUUUCCCCCUAUUAUGUGCUUACUGUAAUUUUACUGGUGUUAGGCACCCUGAGUCCGGCUCUGGCUGGGGAGGGCAGGGUAUAAAUAAAAUUUAUUAUUAUUAUUAUUAUUAACUGUACACACAUUUAUCACAUUAGCAGCUCAAGUAAGUUAUGCCUGCUUAUGUGGAAGCAAAUCCCAUUGAGUUCAACAGGGUUUACUCCCAAGGAGAGUGGGUGGAAUUACCACUCAAAUGAUGCAGAGCAGCAGAAUGAUGUAAAAUAAAACACAGGAUAAGCUGAAUAAGCCAUUGUAUCUUGUUCAUGCCUUUGAAGGAGGGUUAUGGAAAUUCUGUUAUUUAACAGUUGUGCUUGAUAGACAGAGCAUCACAUUUUCGUUCCUUUUUACUUUACAGGGUUCAACGUUUUCCUCUCAGGGUGGUAGCUCUCAAGGCCAGGUAAACUCCAAUUCCCCAAUAUGUUACCAAUUUCAUAGGCUCACUCAUCUUCGCGAUAAUCUUGGCCUUGUACAACCAUACCCAACUUCUCAGAGCAGAAAUUUACACUUACACAGAGAAACAAGAGUACAACGAUUCCUUCCGGUGACUCCUUGAUUGUGUGCAUUAGUGCAGUUCUGUGAAAAUAUACACCCACAUAGUCCGACGCGAAUUGCAUAGAAGUAAUUCACUGCUGCCACCUUUGUUCUUCUCACGGUACCUUGUUUUCCAUGUGUUGCAUUCCAUGCCCUUAUAUUUUCCACAUUUAUGUACCAGUCUUAACAGCACGCAAAGCUAUUUCUGUCCCAAAGGUAUUUGCUUUGUUAGACUCCGCAGUUUGGGCUUUUAAAGGAUAAAUGUGAGGGAGCCAGCUUCUGGGCUGCUACUGCACCUUUUCUCUUUCUCACUUGAAUAACCUCUUCUGUGAACAAUUAAUAAUAUUUUAGACUGGGGUCCCCAAGCUAGUACCCACCAAGGCAUCAAAAUGCCAACCCCCACCCCAAUGUAAUCUAGAUUUACCCUUUCUGGAGAAAAACUGAUACACUGAAAAGUACCAACAAUGUGUUUGCAAAUUAAGUCCCCACCUGGAAGCAUCUAUUAUCUCCAAGACACCAGCAGGCAGCAGCAUCCCCAUGUCACUUUGCCCUGGUUGUGAAUUAGUCAUUUAGAGCAAGAGGAUGAAGACUGAACGGGGGAAAUGAAAGCUCUUCUUGUCCUUCACCUGUGUCAAAAGCAAGCAAGACACUUGAAGCGUCCAGUGGGUUUCAUUCUCCCUUUUACACCAAGACAGUUUCCAGGGUCUUUGCAGAUUACACGUGUCGCUCCCAAGGACAGCAGCUGUACUCUCAAGCAAGCUUCUCCAUCCCCUCCAAACUGGAUGGAUUGCGAUGAAGGCACUGCAGUUUUCUAUGCCUGCAUUGAAUAAAGUCUUUGACAAAGAAAUAACCUGUCCCUACUUGCUUUACAGGGAGUUAUAGUGUACCAAGGAGGUGUAAAGAAAGGCGGAGGAUGCCUUGCGGUAAGCAGACAUUUUUCUCUUCUCAUUUAAAACCUUGUCCCUGUGCUAUUAUUGUUGUUGAAAAUCUAGGCAGCCUUUGUGGGAGUUCUGUAUUCUGUAUAUAUUCAACCUCCCCCCACCCCCCAGCUGCAUCCACUUCAGUUUUCCUCAGCCGUCAGAACCCAUAUUACUGUAUGCCAUUAAAUUCCAUUUACCAGCAGACCAAAACAAAGAAUCAUAUCAGUUCUCUGGUUUUUUUCCAUACAGGGUGCCACUGCUAAUAUCUACAACAAGUUUGGCUGCUACGAUGUAAGCAUUCUCCUUCUUUACCUCAUAGAAGUUUAUUGUUAGAUAUGUGAUGGAUGGUUUGUGUCGUAAGCCACAAGUGAAUAGUCGUGCAAGUGAAAAUCUCCACAUUGUGUCUUCAGCAUUAGCUCAUUUGGAAGUCUGAAAUCUGAAUUAGAUUCUCCCAACCACCAACAAGGAUUUCCCCAAGAUCUACAUAUUUAAAUUAAAGGUUAAUCGGCAACAGAAUGUCCCUUAAUCAACACCGUUUUCCUGAAUUCUUGUCUUCUCUCUUUAAACUUACCAUUGCAAAUGGGUUUAAUUUCAUAACGUAGCAAUUUGUUGAAAUGCGUGGCUUUUAUAAAGAAGUAACUGAGGUUUCUUUUUUAUGCAGCCUGGUGUAAGCUAUGGUAGUGGCACUUCCUAUGGACAGGUGAGCAAUCAACUAGUCGUCGUCUUCUUCCUCUUCUUCUUCUUCUUCUUCUUCUUCUUCUUCUUCUUCUGCAAUCACUCGUAGCCAAGUAAGAUUGUCUUCCAUAAACAAGGUUUUAACAGUGAGUCUGUAAGCGAUUGUGGAGGCCAGUUCUGGAUCCACAUAUCCUUCCACAGUGUGGACAUUAGUUUCUGGGCGGGAGUUGAUCAUGGUGAAGGUUUUCCAAGCAUGCCUUCCUCUUUGCACUUUUCUCCAUUUCGUCCUGAGAUUGAGUGUCUUCAAAGCCCUGACACCUUUGGUAAAGGCUGUUCUCCAAUUGGAGUGCUCGCAGGCCCAAGCAAUCAACAAGUACUGCUGCGUCAAAGGUGUCCAAAAAUGUGGAACAGGCCUCAUAGAAAGGAAGUACUAGGGCAAGGAUGAGGGACCUCAAAGCUGGGGACCAGGAACACUGUCUCCAUAGGCCACACCUCUCCCCAACUCUACUUGACACCCUGCUUGAGUGUUUUUUUGCCUGCUUGGAAUGUGUCCUUGAACUCCUAUAAUGCUUCUUGCCUGCUUGGAUGGAUGGAGGAUAGAGGGUGUGUGUGUGUAGAAACUAGCCUGCUAUAGAAAGCUAAAAUCCCCAUUUACCUCUGGCUCUGCCCACCACUACCAUGCGGCCCCUGAAAUAAUGCCCAGAAGGGACUGUGGCCCUUCAGUGGAAAACUGUUCCCUAUUCCUGUCCUAGUACUCCCUGAUGCUUCCAGCCCAGUCAGCUGAGCACAAGGGAACAAAAAGUAUUCAAUGUUUGCUUUCUGUUUUCCUUACAGUCCGUUUCAACUGUUUCAAACCAAGGGAAGGUAUGUAUCUCUUUCUGAACUAAUUUCUUACUGAUUUAAGCAACAGCUGGGAUGAAGAUCAGUGCAGCCAUGCUGUCCUCAGUAGGGAUGGCUCAAGAUGUUUUGCCACCUGAGGCAGAACAGGAAAUGUCUUUUGAAAUCAACCCAAUUUAACUUGUCAUUUGAUUAUUAUUACUUUUUGGCAGGUCAUAGUGUAUGCUCCCAGCCAGCCCUACCCACCCGAAGUAAGCUCUUUUAAAAUAUCAUUUUGUGCUUUGAGGUUUUUAUUAACGUGGGAAAAGUUAUUUGGGAAUGGCUAAUUGUUUGUAUUUUUGUUGUUUUCACAGCGCAACACAUACUCGUCGGUAAGAAUAUUUUCAUUUUUCUUGCUCUUAAGCUAAUUCAACGCAAGAAUUCUUCCGUUCCUGGAAUUAUUUCUGGAAGUGAUAUUUAGGCAUGGGUACCUGUGGAACUACAACAUAUGUUGUACUAGAGUUGCUAAAUUUUUUUUGCAAGAUCUAUUUUUUUAAAAAGACAUUUUUGAACAAUUUAUAAGAAAAUUUGCCAAAACCUACACUUCCUUCAAAAUCUACGCUUCUUGCCUUAUGUCCGGAUUUUCCCGGACAUUUCAGCAAUUUCCACCCAGACACAGCUUCUGACAGCUGAAUCCCAGCUGUGUCUGGGAAAUUCGGGACCUAUGCCAGCCCUAUGUUGUACUCCUGCUUUGCUUUUCAUGAAAUGCCCCCUGCAAAAAAAACCCUAUUUUGUUAAUUUGUUUAGCUGCUUCUUCAGCAAGAUUAAAUUCAGUGGGGCUUACUUCUGAUGAAUCACGCAUAAGAUUGCACUGUUCAUUCCUGAACAACUUUGGGGUCUGCUUUCAAAUAAAGCACCAUUUGCUUUUUUUUGCUGGACACUCUCAUUUCGUCGUUAUGCCUAAAAGUCUUUAUAAACAAUUCAUUUUGAUUUCCGUGAAACAGCUUUGGGUUUAUUCCCAUUUCGAGCAUGCCCUAAUUAUCAGCUGGUUUGUUUUGACAAAAGAAACAUUCUUCCAACCUCUCUUCCUAAUCAUUAUCACAGCACAAAGUCAUGACUGUGAGAAUAAUGAUGUGAUGUGUGCAUACGCAGUACAAAUAAAAUGGUUUCUGAUUCCUUUUUAGCAACUGGCCAACUCUAAAUACAAACACAUUCAGGUAAGCACUUCUACUCUGCUUGGUGCAGGAACCCUCACUCUAAGGGAAUUGCCAUUUGCUCAACUGAGCACUAAAGAGUGGUCGUCCCCCCCCAGGGAUGGGGAGUUGUGGGGUGAGAGGAACUGUAGAUGAGCGCUGUGAUGCAAAAAAAAUAUGAAUGAAGCAAGGGGAGAGGAUUAGGUUUAUUGUUUUGAACUGCUAGCUUCUUAGAACACUCCACUUCAGUGUAAUGAUGACACAGGGUUCAGGAUGUAGAAGCAGGAUAUUAUCCAGCAAAUAUUAAUAACAAGGGAUAUCACUUGUAAGAAUGGAGUACACACAAAGUUAGCAAGUAUUUCAAGAAGGCAGGUACUCCUCUAUGUUGAACUAAUUAGUUUCCGGUUCCUUUGCAGAGCACUAUAUAUGGGGACAAAAUCAAGGCCCAGGUACGUUUUAAUUUUUCUUUGCUUCUCUGUUACAAUUAACAGCUUGAUUCUGGUCCUUGUUUGCACUGGCAGAUUAUCCUGUGUUACUGAGGAUGCUUUCACAGAGUACUGUGGAAAUAUGUGCCAAACACCUGAGCUACAGUCUAAAUUGCUUAACAACUCAGGAGCCAUGGAAGCAGCAUGUGCCGUUGCGAUGGCUGUGUAAUUCCCCCACCCCCAAGAUGGUGAAGAUUUAGUAAAUUCAGUAUUGAAAGAAUAUUCAGAAAACUCCAUGCCUCAUGGAUGAGAGCUGUAAACUUCCUCUCUUGACUGCUGAAGAAAUAAUACGUAGCAAAAUAAGUAAAUAAACGUUGCAAUCUGGUGGAGGAAUGUGGUCAAAUGAGAAAUGAAGAAAGACCAAAAUAGAGAUAUUUGCCCAUCCAAAGUUAACAGUCAUCAUCUCUCAGCCUCACUUUCCCAUCUGUAAAAUCAAAAUACAACAAUAUAGCCUAAAGCUUGUGAAGAGGACCCCAAAGAGACAAGGAAUGUCAGACUUCUAUUUCUUAAAUGACACCCACCUCCAGCAACACAGUGGUUUGUUUAGUCAAGCUGGUUGCCCUGAGCGUGCUGGAUUCUGACCUGUAAAAGUCAAUUUAUAAAUAUACGGUGCAAACCAUGUGUGGGAACAGACCUGAUCUCUCUCACACACAUCAGAAUUUAGCUUCAGUGAAAGCAAGUGAGUUUUCAAGCAUGCAGUUGCUAUAGAAUACUCCUGGCUUUAAGCAGAGUUCAGAUGCGUUAUAUCCUCUUUCUAAGAAAAUGAGUUGCGAUUAUCUCUUUAUAUCUCUUUAAUUAUAGAAUUGCACUUGCCCCAAUGCUUUUAUAAUAGUACAGAUCAUUGUUGUGGCAACUUGCUUUGGUUUAUGAGAGGGAGAUCGCCGAUUGUUCAUGCAACAAAUAUUUAUUUUUCCCAUCUAGCUUGUCACCUGGGCAGGUGUGACAUGCGACUAGUUCGCCACGGUUAUAUGCCCUUUGUUAUUAAAUUAUUUUAAUAAAAAUUGUCGUCUAGGGAAAUCUUUGUAGCUGUAGGACAUUCUGCUGCCUGCACUUUGAUUGCAAAAUUGUUGUUGUUGUUGUUGUUUUUAUUAUUAUCAUAUUCUUCCCCACAGGGCUCAAAACCCCAAGAUGACAUCCGAAUAACCAUCCAGGUAACUAUAGUGUAGCCUAGUUCACUAAACCCUCUAAGUGACAAAAAUGAUAACAGUUGUGUUUCUCGGUAAUGUUCACUUAGCAUCACAAAACCAAUUAGCGUUUAUAUUUGAGAUUAGAAAUUUGCUUAACAAACGGUCUUGACUGUAAUGCGUGCAGAAUUUUAUUCUAACAUGGUGUUAUAUUGCAUUUGAAAGAUUUGUUUUACAAUGGCUUCUAUUUCUUCCCCCCCCCCCCCAUUAGAGUGGACAACCUGGGCGAGUUUGUGAUAAGGUAAGUGCUGUUUCUUUUUUUUUUUUUAAAUGAUAUUUACUGAAAAUUUUUAGAAUUACAAAAGAGAACAAAGCAGAAAAAAAGAAAGAAAAAACAAAGAAAAAACAAUACAAAUUCAAAAAACAAAAAUACACCACAAACACUCAAAAACAAAUCCAUCAUUCUCAAAUCCUCAACUGUCAUUACCUUCUUUCUUUGACCUCCUCCUCCUCCCUUUUUUUGUAUCCUAGUUAUUAAUUGUCGCAGCAAAUCCUUUCCAUAUUUCAUAAUAUUCUGUCAUUACAUUACCUUAAUCUAUUUUAAUCUUAUCUUACUAUAAAGAACCUUAAAGCUUAAAACUUAAAUCUUAUUUUUACCAACUUCUCAUAACCAUAAUAUUCUUACAUAAUUCUUUAAACAUUUUUGCUAAAGCCAAGUAAUUUCGUUCCAACAUUUUUCUAACAUUCAUCAAUUUUAUAAAACAAUCCUAGUAGUAAAAAAAAGAAAUAAAAACAAUCCAGUCUUCAUCCAGCGUCCCUUCCUCCUGGUCCCGGGUUUUGUCAGUCCUUAUUAUCCGGUAAGUGCUGUUUCACCUCUGAGUUGGAUACUAACUAACGUUGGCCUUUCGUCCAAGAAAUAAGUUUGGAAGGAAGACUACCUGAAUGACCAAUAAUGGAUCAAACUUCCAAUAACUGCUUUAAGGACCAAGCAUUUAGAAAACAAAGCAAAGCAAAACAAAACAAAACAAAAAACAAAACACAUGUGUCUGCAGUUGUAUAUCAGUACUGAGGAAAUUCCACAAAAAUGUAAAUUAUUACAGAUAGUAAUCUGUACUAUGCAUAAACUCCCCAGCUCCUAACUAUUUCACUAUUUAUUUUUCCAAAGUGAUGUUUUGUUUGGUCUUUAAGUAACCCUACAACAAUCAGAUAAUUUUUAACAGAUGCGGAAAUUUUCUGCAAGUUAGCAUAUUAGUUGUGUUAAUUCAGGAAGUAAUUUCUUUCUUUUUCUACUUCACAGACCUCAUCCUCCUACAACAGCCAAGCCUGUAAAAUGGUAAACACAUUCAUAUGGCUGCAGCUUGAUUUCUGCUCUUUGAGAGAUCUGUCUGUUAAAACACACAUAGCUCUGUGAGCUUACCCUGGGUAGCAGUGUUCCUCUUGCCUACUUGGAUAUUUGAUAAUGGGGGGUGGGGGGAGUCAUUAAGAGGUUCUAAGCAUGCUAGCAGGGGACACAGAUGGCGCUGUAGGUUAAACCAUAGCUCUCUAGGCUCCUGUUAUAGGAAGAGAAAGGCCAGUUUUUUCAGGAUAAUUGUGGGUGACAAGCUUUCUGGGAGGCCCGCAGGUGGCGCUGUGAGUUAAACCACAGAGCCUAGGACUUGCUGAUCAGAAGGUCGGCGGUUCGCAUCCCCGCGAUGGGCUGAGCUCCCGUUGCUCGGUCCCUGCUCCUGCCAACCUAGCAGUUUGAAAGCACGUCAAAGUGCAAGUAGAUAAAUAGGUACCGCUCCGGUGGGAAGGUAAAUGGCGUUUCCAUGCGCUGCCCUGGUUCGCCAGAAGCGGCUUAGUCAUGCUGGCCACAUGACCCGGAAGCUGUACGCCGGCUCCCUCGGCCAAUAAAGCGAGAUGAGCGCUGGAACCCCAGAGUCGUCCGCGACUGGACCUAAUGGUCAGGGGUCCCUUUACCUUUACCUUUAAUCAUGCUAGCAAAGAGAUUUAGCAUACAUGGAGCAAAGCUUUUGCCAAAGCAUUUAAGGCCUUGAGACCAGUUCCAAGGCAACAAAUACAGCAAUGAAAGGAGAGCACGAUCAGAAUGUGAGAUCGCAGGUCACAGUACAUGAUAUGGCUGCGUCGUGUAUUAGCCUGUACCAUUAUAUGUGAAAUUACAACUCUUCUGACAAUGAAUGAAAUUGCUAUUCAAAUGUUUUUAUGUUAAUAGCCACCCAAACUGGCUGGGGCAACCUAGUCAGAUGAGUGGGGUACAAAUAAAUUAAUAAUAAUAAUAAUGGUCAGGUAGGAAUCUUCUGCUUGUCUAGAGCUUUUAGCACAGGUCUAGGGGAUCUUGGGUCCUCCAGCUGUUGCUGAACUACAACUCCCAUCAUUCUGGGCCAUUCUGCAACUGAUGGGAGUUGUAGUCCAACAACAUCUGGAGGGCCGACGGUUCCCAAACCUGCUCUAGUAUUUCCAAUAAGGGUUUGACAGAUUAAAUUAUUUCCAGCCUGUGUCACUUUUCACCCAAUUCCUGUAUAACUCUGUGAUUAUUAUUUUUUUAACUGCACGAAGACAUUCCACAAACUUUUUAAAAAAAGUUAGCAUGGAAAUCCACAUUUUUUGUAUGCAUUUAAAAAAAAUUUAAAAAACAAAAUUAGAAGGAAGGGGGGCGGGAAGCAAAGUCAGGCACCAGUUCUUAAAGUUAAGAGUUGUUUUGAAGGCCAGGCGGGAUGGAAACAGGAGGAGAAGCAAUAUUAAGAUGGUUUCGUAGCAGAGCUGGUGGAAUGGUCCUGCUUCCCUUCUUCUGCUCUGUGGACUAAUGGAAUGGUUGCUUCUAGUAGAUCACAGUUGAGAAAGAGCCAAAGGCAGCCAGUGGAAAACCCUACUUCCUUUCUUCCUCUCUCUGCUGCAGCUGUUGAAGCAUUGCCUGCCAUUUUUUCCACACAGCGAGGUGACCAAAAUAUCUGUUUUGUGUUGUUGUUUUUUACAGAGUAUACAGUCACAGGGAGGCAGUUCCUACGGCUCUAAGGUAAAUACAGUGGCACCUCGGGUUACAGACGCUUCAGGUUACAGACGCUUCAGGUUACAGACUCCACUAACCCAGAAAUAGUACCUCGGGUUAAGAACUUUGCUUCAGGAUGAGAACAGAAAUCGUGCUCCGGCGGCAGCGGGAGGCCCCAUUAGCUAAAGUGGUACCUCAGGUUAAGAACAGUUUCAGGUUAAGAACGGACCUCCAGAACGAAUUAAGUUCUUAACCUGAGGUACCACUGUAGCCGUGUAUAAUUCCUACUGGUUUCACUAGGAGUUCUUAGAAGAUUGUUAUUUUAGUGGUCUAGAAGAACUGCUGCUGGAUAGUUCCUACAGCCAUGCUGCUCUGGUAAUGUCAGAAACCCAAACGCACCUGGGAGGGACCCACAAUGAUGCAGUUCAUCCUUCCCAUGCAAGUUUUGUCCCAGUUUAUGGGAGGGGCAGAGCAGGCAUGGGAAGGAGCUCUUUGUGCAAUCCUCCCAUGUUCCCUCAUCACAGAAAUCUUCUGCACAAGAUUUCCACCCAUGCAUGCAUGCACGGUUCUUGGGAUACGUCCACAGAACUUUCUUUUAAAAGAACCAUUCUUUGCGCCAACUGAGUUCUUGACAGCAAGUUGUGUGUGCUCCCUGCAAACGGUUCAUAAGUGCGAUUUUAUUUUGAUUAUUUAAGCCAGUCAUAUAUUGCUCAAUUACCUAAGUUUUUAAAGAGGGAUUUGCACCUGCAGUUGCAUCAGUGAGAGAAACCCUUUUUGCAGCACAUCCAACUAGAGAAAUGGUUUAAAUAUUAUGUGUUCGUAUAGUUUUAACCCACCCUGGGACCUUAUGGUGAAGGGUGGGUAAGAAAUCAAUAAUAAUUAGAAUAACAACACAUUUUAAAUGCAGAAAUCGGUUGUCUUGAGUCCCUGCCUGGAUCAGAGCAAAAAUAGCCAACAUUAAGUGCACAUUCAUAAUGUUUUCUGAACGCAAUAAUUUCAUGACACACUCUGGUUUCCCAAAACAUUUCCUGUAGUCUUAAAAUACAAAGCAAAUAUUAUUUGCUUAAUUAUUCCUGUAGCCUUAAAAUAUGGAGGAAAUGCUCUCUUUAGCAGUUGGAAAUUACCCCCCUUGCCUUAUAAUUUCCAUGGCCAUACCUUUUGUAAAUCUUUAUUUAUUAAUUCAUUCAGAUUUAUAAUUUGCCCUUCCUCCCCAAAGGGUGUGAAGAGCAGCUCAGAAUAAUAAUGUUACUUAAAAACCAAUUCAAUGCAGCUCUGUAACACACUACAGGCAGCAUUUAAAACCAGCAGCGUAAAAAUACUCAUAAAAAUUUGGCCAGAGCCUGGAUAAAUAAGGGAAGUUUUACAUGGGUUUUAUUGAAUGCAGGUAAAAGGGGGACCUGCCUGAUUUCCUUUGGGAGACUGCUGCAUAGGUGGGGUGUCGACACUGGGAAUGAUCCAUCUUCAUGCUAUUCCUAUUGAUUUACCUCAGAAAGGGUCCCUCCCCAAGAUAACAGAUUUCAGGUUGAAAAGUACAGGUGAUGGUGUUCUUUAAUGUUGACAAGGUUCUUUGUGUGUAUGGGCUUUAGCUGAGUGGAUCCUCUACUUCGGUUGGUGGCAGUGGAGUCUCUGUGACAUUCGGCGGCAGUGGAUCUCCCGGCUCAGUUGGUGGCGGCAGAUACCCUAAUUCAGCUGGCAGCAGUGGAUCCUCGUCUUCAGUUGGCAACAGCGGGGUCUCUAUUACUUUUGGAGGCAGUGGAUCUCCUGGUUCUGUUGGCAGUGGAUCCUCAAGUUCGGUUGUGAGCAGCGGAUCCUCAAGUUCGGUUGUGAGCAGUGGAUCCUCUUCUAAAGCUGGAGGUAGCAUCUGCGGCCAGGUAAGAAUUGCCACAAAUGCGUGGCAGAAGAACUUGCCCAAAUUGUGUCAUAUCUUGUAGUGUUAAAAAACGGUUUCAUUGUCCCUAGUGUAAGCAGAUGAAGAAAAUUGAAUAAUACAAGCACUGGUUUAAUUUGACUUUGUUUUCCCUUGACAAACACCUUUUUGUAUCCAUUCUGAUUUAUUGCAUUGUGGGUGAUGUUUCAAAAUUAAAAAUUCAGAUUUCUAUCAUCAUUUUUGCACCCUAAGUUGAUAACGUUAUCAUCAGUUGCCAGCAGCUUAGCUUUCCGCUGGUUCAUUUUGUAAACCACUUUCAGUUACAGGCAACUCUAAACUUAUGCUGGGGUUACAUUCUGGAUAUUGGGCCUAAAUCAUAUUUAGUCAACACACAUUGGGUUCAGUGGUGGGUGCGAUUGCCAAAGUCUUUUUUUCCUGGACACCCAUCCCAUUCCCAUCUCCUUAAAAAAACCCAUUUUAUUCUUUUGGCAAGCACGUAAAGCUGAAUGUGCACAAGUUAAAUGUGCAUAAGUUGCAAGGUAUUUGUAUCUGAAAAUAAAGCCCAAAAUCAAGUGGAAUAUACCUUCUAUGAAAUAAGCCCGCUCACCUUUUCCAGUGGGCAGUGUUGCAACCAGGGAUCUGGGACACUGCAGUGAUCAGGUGUGAGGGCGGAGAGUUGGGUGGAGGGACCAUGUUGUCCCGGCCGCGUUGCCGGCCUUGGGUGAGGCCACGCCUAGUGUGGCCCCACUGGCCAAUCAGUGCCAGUAGGGGGAGUGGCCACAGGAGAUUUAACCACAGCAUGGUCGGGGUCCCUCCUCUCUCGCCCUUUCGCCGGAUCUUCCAAUCCCAUCCACCCUCUUUUCAUGCUUUGCUCUGAUAUGACUUUGCUAUGGACAAAUGUUGGCCGCCAUAUUGUUGGUGCUGGGUACUUUGCAAAUUGGUACAAGCCAUUUGGUUUUCGCCUACCUUGCAGCAAUCGUCACAACUUUGUGAGGUUAGGCAUUGGGCGGGUGGCGCUGUGGGUUAAACCACAGAGCCUAGGACUUGCCAAUCAGAAGGUCAGCGGUUCGAAUCCCCACAACAGGGUGAGCUCCUGUUGCUUGGUCUCUGCUCCUGCCAACCCAGCAGUUCGAAAGCACGUCAAAGUGCAAGUAGAUAAAUAGGUAGGAAGGUAGGAAGAUAGGUAGGAAGAUAAAUAGGCAGGAAGGUAAACGGCGUUUGCGUGCACUGCUCUGGUUUGCCAGAAGCAGCUUAGUCCUGCUGGCCACAUGACCCGUAAGCUGUACGCCGGCUCCCUUAGCCAAUAAAGCGAGAUGAGCGCCGCAACCCCAGAGUCAGCCAUGACUGGACCUAAUGGUCAGGGGUCCCUUUACCUUUACUUAAGCCUUUGUUUGGAUUGAGGGGAUGUUGUAGACUCCACCUGCCCCUCCUCAUUAAGGGUAUCCUAUUAAAGGGAUCUGGAGGUGUGGAUUCUGUCUAAUGCCCAGAUGUGGGCUAGGGCCAUGCCACGACCUCAGUGAGGACCACUUGCGGUGCCCCUAUUUGAUGUAAGUCACAGGGCUCCCCCUAUUGGUGGUUUACCCUUAGAUGGACUCCCUGUAGGGCAGGAGUCAAAAUAUAGUCUGGCUUUUCCCAAUGCAUAAGCCAAACCGCUCACAUCUGUAACCAUUAAAGUUGUGGCCUAUUUGAACCCAUAAACCUAAAUACUUGUGUCCAUUUGUUUUUUAUCCACUAGGGAACGGAGCCUUGGCAUGCAAAUAAAUACUGGUUGACGAAUCCAUAGCAACUGUAAAAGGCAUAGCUGAUUUCUCUGUGCAGACCGUAUUUGUCUGUCUAUUAAGUCUUUGUCAGCUUGAUAAUUAAUGCCCAGUUAGUAGUUUAAUUAAUUGACACAAUCUCUUCUCGACCAAUGGAGUCAAAGAUCGAAAUAAAUGGAGGAUGAUUAAUAUUAAUGUUCAUAAUUUUCUCUUAGGGCUAUACAACUGACGGCAAUCCUUGCAAACCGGUAAGAUUCCUCUGCUCUGAAUUCUUUGAAGGCUUGUGUCCAGCAUGGAUCUUAAUAUCGUGAAAUCUUUUCCCUGACUCAGCAGCUGUAAUUUUGUAUUGGGAUUUAGUCUCCUGGUCUUGCUUCUCACCUGCUAAUUUGGUCCCCAUAUUUAAAAAGGGUGGUACAGAGAGAAAUACCACAUUAAUGUACUUGGGACCCCCACAGUGGGGGAAGCCAGCACCCCACCCUACUGUACCGAAAGUAGUGUAGACACAGGUCCACACUUAACAAAAUUAAUGUUUUUAUUAAUUAUUUCUCCCACAGGGUGGAUCAACAUCUCAGCAAAGUUCUGGAAGUAUCCAGGUAAAGGAUUCCUACUGAAAAUAUUCCCUCAUGUGGCAUUUUUAAUGGUUCUAAUUUAUCAUAAAUUUCUAUAUUAGUCUUUGUUGUUUGCCUCCUAGUUGCGUAACGAUAUAGCGUAAUGUGGCUAUAUACAGGAUACAGUCCUCGUUUAUUCCCUUUGCAAAUGUUUCAUAUUUUUGUUGGUGUUAAAGGUGCCAAUCUUUUUUUUUUAUAUUCUGACAAUAUACAGUGUUUUAAAUUAUCUGCUUUUCAGGGUGGAUCAUCAUCCCAGCAAACUUAUGGAAGUUCCCAGGUAAAGCGGCUCUUCAUUUCCCUGCGUUUUAACUCAUUUUGCUAAAAAAAUUAAAUACUGCAUCAUUUGCCAUUUCCCUGUUCCCAAGAAAACACUGGUUUUUGUUUUGUUUCCCUUGUAGGGUGGAUCGUCGUCUCAACAAUCUUACGGAAGUAGCCAGGUAGAACUGUUUUGAACCUUCCUAUAUUUUUAUGGACUAAGUAUUAGUAUUAUUAAUAAUAAUACUGCAUCAUUUGGUAUUUGAAAAGCUCCCAGUUCGCGAGAAAAUACUGUUUUUGUUCCUUCUUUCCCUUGUAGGGGGGAUCAUCAUCCCAACAAACUUACGGGAGUAGCCAGGUACAGCUGCUUUUAACUUAAUAAUAAUAAUAGUAAUAAUAAAUAUUGUACCAUCUGGUAUUUGAAAAGGUCCACUUUCACAAGUAAAGACUGUUUUUCCUCCUCCUUUCCCUUGCAGGGCGGCUCAUCCCAGCAAACUGGAAGCAAACAGGUAAAUUGCAUAUUGUAUAUCCCCCAUUAGCAUUAUGGUCUAGCACACAUUUGGGUCACCUGUGGGCCUUUAAGUUGGACUACAAGUCUAAACUGGACUGCAUUGCUGAUUAUAGGCUGCGCUGUCUGAGGCUGAUGGGAGUUGGAGUCCAAUGGGCACAGGUUCCCCAUCCCUAAACACGAAGAGCCUAGGACCCAGUUCUACAUAGCUGCUGCUCCCUGUACAAAAGCCGAUAACAAUGCAAAAGUCCACAUUUGUAUGGUUUAUGCUUGCACAGACCAUGAUGGGUCCAUGUAACAGUUUCCAGCGCUCUACCUCCUGGAAGGAGAGUACACAUUCUCACGCACAUCACGACUGAUUGUUUCAAUUAAUAUUUGGAGAGUACAGUGGUACCUCGGGUUACAUACGCUUCAGGUUACAUACUCCGCUAACCCAGAAAUAGUACCUCAGGUUAAGAACUUUGCUUCAGGAUGAGAACAGAAAUCGUGCUCCAGCGGCACAGUGGCAGCGGGAGGCCCCAUUAGUUGAAGUGGUGCUUCAGGUUAAGAACAGUUUCAGGUUAAGUACGGACCUCCGGAACGAAUUAAGUACUUAACCCGAGGUACCACUAUACCAACUUAUUUCCAACUGGAAAAUCAUUUCACUUCUCUUUUAGCAGUACUGGGAAAGAACCUUUGGACCAUGGGCUUUAUUUGGCCCACCAGGUCUCUUCAAAUGGCGCCUGAGGCCAUUUUUUAAGGAAAAUUCCUCCCCCUGCCAAUCACGUGAUGUCAUUUCCUGCUCCCACCCUCAUUUUCUUCCACUUUGGGCCCUUGGUCCAGAGUUUACCCAGCCCUAAUUAUAUUCUUUCCUAGACUGAAUGUACCUUGAUUUAUGGAAUAUAUACAUAUAUAUCUUGAAAGGAAGUAACUGUUGUUUUUUCCUCCCUUCCAACUUUCCACAGGGUGGUUCAUAUUCCCAAGGAGGCAACUAUAAUCCUUGUGGACUGGUAAGUCCCUUUCUCGUUGUUUGUUAACUUAGUUUAAUAUAUUUGGCUAUAAAGUGCCAACUUCCCUGCUGGCUUUUGAAGUUGGAUCUUUAACUGAUAGCAUAUUAUGCAUUAAGCAACAGUUUAAAUAAACCAGAGUGCCUUAAAAAUGUAUUAUUUUUUCCCUUCCAGGAUGGUUAUACCGGUAAAAUAACCAGCAGUAGCAACUGUCCACAGGUAAAAUUUCUAUGUCUUCUAUGAUCUUACACUAACAGGUGAAACCACAAGCAAGGUGUCUGUGGAUGGGAGUGUGCUAUUGUUGUUGUUUAGUCAUUUAGUCGUGUCCGACUCUUCAUGACCCCAUGGACUAGAGCACGCCAGGCUAUAUCUACACCAAAUGUCCACAGUUAAGCAUUUUCAGUGAGAAAAGCAGGGAGUUUCUGCUCUCGAAUGCCCCAUUUCAAGAGUUACUCAGUCCCUUUUUCCUUAAUAUGGGACCUCUUCCUAACUAUGUGACGCCAGGCAAUCCCUGGCACCUUUUGAAGACUUUUCUAAGCAAACAAAAUAUGCAUAGGCAAACACAAUUGCCCUCGCUCCACAUAAUUCACUUCUACUGAAAGCUUAUCCAGUACAGUCGUACCUUGGUUUUCUUUUCUUUUUUAUUUAUUGAUAUUUAUUAAAAUUUCAAAGGAUACAAAAGUUACACAGAAACAAAAAAUACAAAAAGUAAAAAUACAAAAAAAUAGAAAAUACAGAAAAAAGAAUAAAGAACAAAAAUAAAACAGGUUCAUUAUUUUCAGACCCUUGACUGUCAUUACCUACUUUCGUAGACCUCCUCCUCCUCCCUUCCUUCGUAUUCUAGUUAUUACUUAUCCCAGCAAAUCCUUUCCUUUCCAUGUUUCAUAAGAUUCUAUCGUUACAUUACCCUCGACUAAUUUAAUCCUAUCUUUCUAUAAUAAAAUAAACCUUGAAAUUUAAAACUUAAGUCUUAACCUUACCAGCUUCUUAUAAUCAUAUUAUUCUUUCAUAAUUCUUUAUGCAUCUUUACUAAAGCCAGGUAAUUUCUUCCAACAUUUUUCUAUCAUUCAUCAACUUUAUAAAACAUUCUGAUAAUAAAAAAAGAGUAAAAGAAUGAUAUAGACAAGUCCAAUCUUUAUCCAACGUCCCUUCCUCCUGGUUCCGGGAUUUGUCAGUCCUUAUCAGUCGUACCUUGGUUUUCAAACAGCUUAGUUCUUGAACGUUUUGGCUCCCGAACGCUGCAAACCCGGAAGUGACUGUUCCGGUUUGUGAACUGUUUUUGGAAGCCGAACAUCUGACGGGGCUUCCACAGCUUCCGAUUGGCUGCAGGAGCUUCCUGCAGCCAAUCAGAAGCCGCAGUUUGGCUUCCGAAUGUUUUGGAAGUUGAAUGGACAUCCGGAACAGAUUCUGUUCGACUUCCAAGGUACGACUGUACUGCCAUCUGGCUCCAUGCAGGAAUUGUAGGAAUGUGCACUUUCAGAAGCACCUGUGUGUCAUUUAGUGGGUCUAAGCAGGAAUAGUUGCUAAUGUAAUAUUUUGAAUACUUCAAAGUAAUGCGUGUUUUCUCCAUAGCGCGGACAAAGUGGAUCAUAUAGCGGUGGCGGCGGCAGCAGCAGCAGCCAAUAUGGACAGGUAAAAGCUUUCGAUGUGUAAUAAAACUGAUGGAUUUCCUAAAAAGUUUUAUUCCGUUUCUGCUUCUAAAUAUAGAAAGUAACUUAGUGCAGAGGUUUUAAAGUGGCCACCAAAUCUGUUUUGCAAUUAUUAUUAUUAUUAUUUGUAUAGGUUGGCUCAUAUGGCAGCAGCAACAGCCAAUACGGACAGUAAAAAUACCUUUUUCAUAUAUAGCAUAUAUAAUAUGUGCAAUAUAUGGGAGUCAUAGUAUACAAGCAAGGCUUUUAAGCUCUCCGCCCUGCUUUCCAGGCUCUGGGAUUCUCUCGUGGGACUGUCCAAGUUUCCCUGAGAUCUCGCAAGAGCAUCCCAGAGCCUGAUAAGUAAGGAAGAGAGAUUAAAAGUUAUUUCUGCGCCAGGAAAGCACAGUGCAAAAAGAGCUUUUAAGCUUCUCACCUUCCAUGCAUUUAAUCUGUGGUUUCAGCCAGCCGGCCUUCAACAGCGCAAGGUUAAAUUUAAACAAGUUAAAUGUGUGUAAGACAAAAUUGUACUGUAUGCCAGAUGUGAGGAGUCUUUUUCAUCCUGAGGGCCGCAGUCACUUCUGGGCAGCCUACCGAGGGCCACAUGCCAGUACGCAGAGAUAUAAAAAAUAAAAUAGAAAGUAGUUUGGUGCAGAUAUGUUAAAGUAAUCCUUUGGUAGUAAUACAUGUUUUCUAUGCAGAGUGGAUCAUACGGUGGUGGCAGCAACCAAUUUGGACAGGUAAAACCACUUCUAAUAUACAGUUUAUAGUUUAUUUAAUAUAUGUGCUAGUAAUAGUAUACUCUAGGUGUAGGGGACAUUUUUCAGCCUCAGGGCCACAUUCUCAUCUGGGGAGCAUUCUGAGGGCCACAUGAUAUCCCAGAGAUAUGGGAAGUAAAAGUAAAAAUGAAAUAGAAAUAAUAAUAAUAAUAAUAAUAAUAAUUUAAUUAAUAAAUAAUUUUAGUAUUUAUACCCAGCCCAUCCUGCUGGGUUUUCCCAGCCACACUGGGCAACUUCCAAUACAUAUAAAAACAUAAUAAAGCGUCAAACAUUAAAACCUACCUGAUACAGGGUUGCCUUCAGGUGUAUUCUAAAAGUUGUGUAGUUUGUUAUCUCCUUGACAUCUGAUGGGAGGGUGUUCCACAGGGACGGUGCCACUGCCGAGAAGGCCCUCUGCCUGGUUCACUGUAACUUCGCUUCUCACACUGAGGGAACUGCCAGAAGGCCCUCGGAGGAGGACCUCAGUGUCCAGGCUGGGGGGUGGGGGUGGAGAUGCUCCUUCGGGCAUACUGGACUGAGGCUGUUUAGGGCUUUAAAGGUCAGCACCAACACUUUGAAUUGCGCUCGGAAAUGUACUGGGAGCCAAUGUAGAUGUUUUAGGACUGGUGUUACAGUAUAUGGUCCUGGUGGUCACUCCCAGUCACCAGUCUAGCUGCCACAUUCUGGAUUAGUUGUAGUUUCUGAGUCACCUUCAAAGGUAGCCCCACGUAGAGCGUAUUGCAGUGGUCCAAGCAGGAGAUUACCAAAUCAUGCACCAUGCACCCGUCAAACAGUCUGAGGGCAAGUGGGGUCUCAGUCAGCGUACCAGAUGGAGCUGGUAGACAGCUGCCCUGGCAACAGAAUUGACUUUUUCCUCCAUGGACUUCUAUAUUCCUAAUGAGCUUGUGACUGCAGGGUUGCAGGUCCAGGCCCAGAAAGUAGCUUUGUGCAGAUAUAUUAAAUUAAUCCUUCUGUAACAAAUGUUUUCUCUGCAGAGUGGAUCGUAUGGUGGUGGCAGCAACCAAUACGGACAGGUAAAAUUUAAACCAAUACGGACAGGUAAAAUUUAAAAUAAUAGAGAAAAUAGUUUGGUGCGGAUAUAUUAAAGUAACCCUUCUGUAAUAAAUGUUUUCUCUGCAGAGUGGAUCGUACGGUGGUGGCAGCAACCAAUACGGACAGGUAAAAACACUUUUAAUAGACAGUUGAGUAUAUAAUAGAUAUGCUAGUAAUAGACAGUCUACUCUAGAUGUGGGGAAACGUUUUCAGCCCCGGGGCCACAUUCUCAUCUGGGAAGCCUUCUGAGGGCCACACGCCAACACACAGAGAUUUAGGAAAUAAAAGUAAAAAUAAUAUAGAAAGUAUCUUUGUGCAGAUAUCUUAAAGUAAUCCUUCUGUAACGAAUGUUUUCUCUGCAGAGUGGCUCAUACGGCAGUGGCAACAAAUUUGGACAGGUAAAAAUACUUUUAAUAGCAUAUCCUAGUUGUGGGGAAUCCUUUUCAGUCUUGAGGGCCGCCUUCCCUUCUGGGCAACCUUCCAAGGGCCAUAUGCCAGGUGUCAUGGAUUUGAUGAACACAGAGGAAUAGUGGGAGGAACUAGCCGGGGAACCCCCAAGUCUGGGGAUUGGUGGUGGGAUGACGAAGAGUAGUCAGUGGGAGAAGACUGGGAGGAGGAGGUGUCAGAAGAUGAGGAGGUAACAGGAUUUAGUGAGCAGGGAGAGGCUGUGGUAGAAGGAAGUUCAGAAGUAGGAGCGGAAGCAGGAGAGGAGGGAAGCCAAGAGGUAGAGAUGAGUCCGGCUGGUGAAGAGGCAUGGGUGUCUCCCUCUCCUGCUGCGACAAGCUCCUGUCCCUCUGAACCAGAAGAGGCAUGAAAAGGGCAGAGGAGAGGUUUGCUCCAUGUAGGCACAGUCUCAGAUUGCUUGGGGAAAGCCUUGGAGGGGAUGGUACUUAGAUGGCUAUGGAGAGGCAGGGACCUUCAGUCUUGGCAGACCACUGGGAAUGAGCUGCUCUGCUCAUUAGCCCUGACACUCAACCGAGUCUGUGGAGGUUGUGCUUUAGCUAAUAAAGAGUUAACGCCAUCUUUGAAGGGUGUGGUAUUGACUGGCAGGCUCUGGUGAAACCAGCAGACAGAGAUAUAGGAAAUAAAAUUUAAAAUAAUAGAGAAAGCAGUUUGGUGCGGAUAUAUUAAAGUAACCCUUCUAUAAUAAAUGUUUUCUCUGCAGAGUGGAUCAUACGGUGGUGGCAGCAACCAAUACGGACAGGUAAAAGCACUUUUAAUAGACGGUUUAUAGAGUAUAUAAUAUAUAUGCUAGUAAUAGACAGUCUACUCUAGAUGUGGGGGAACUUUUUCAGCCCGGGGUCCACAUUCUCAUCUGGGAAGCCUUCUGAGGGCCACACGCCAACACACACAGAGAGAGGAAAUAAAACUAAAAAUAAUAUAGAAAGUAUCUGUGCAGAAAUAUUAAAGUAAUCCUUCUGUAAUGAAUGUUUUCUCUACAGGGUGGCUCAUAUGGCAGUGGCAACAAAUUUGGACAGGUAAAAAGACUUUUAAUAAACAGCAUAUCCUAGUUGUGGGGAACCUUUUUCAGUCUUGAGGGCCACCUUCCCUUCUGGGCAACCUUCUGAGGGCCAUAUGCCAGAUGUCAUGGAUUUGUUGGACACAGAGGAAUGGUGGGAGGAACUAGCCGGGGAACCCCCAAGGGAAGAAGACUCAGAGCCUUUAAUAUGCAGGUUAAAGAGUAUAUAUGUGCUAGUAAUAGACAGUAUACGCCAGGUGUGGGGAACCUUUUGCAUCAUGAGGCCAUAAAAAGUGGAUUAUUUAAAAUGUUCCAUCUAUGCUAACUUUCGUCUUCUCCACUUUCUGUUUAACAAUAUUUAUUUUAAGUCAAGGUGUCAGAAAUCAUUCAUUUCUUUUCCCCACGAAAAGUCCGAGAUUGUUAUUAUUGAUAAAUGCCAACCAUAUUAUUUCUUUUGACUUUACCUCCCUUAAUUCCCACUACCAUUACUCCAUAUUGAGUAAAUUCUUCUGUCCAUGUCCAUUUAAAAAUCUCUCCACUGUGAUCACAUAUUGGGCUAAUAUUCCCUAUUUUUUUUCUUAUUAUAUAUCCUUUAGUUCAUGCCCAUUUCCAUAUGUUCAAAUUCCACUCCCUGUUGUAUUUCCAUUUCUUGUUGUGUUUAUGAUAGUAUCCUGAUCUCCUCCUUUAGGACCUUCUAUUUUUUAUUUUUCCAGCCUUAGAAACAAUAUAUAGAAAGUAGGCUUGUGCAUAUAUAUUAAAGUAAUCCUUCUAAAAUAAACGUUUUCUCUGCAGAGUGGCUCAUAUGGCAGCAGCAACCAAUUUGGACAGGUAAAAACACUUGUAAUAUACCGUUUAUGGAAUAUAUAAUAUACGUGCUAGUAAUAAACAGUAUAUACCAGGUGGGGGGUGGGGGCUUUUUCAGCCUGAGAACCGCAUUUCCUUCUGAGCAGUCUUCUGAGGGCCACACGCCAGCACACACAAACAUAGAAAAUAAAAUAAGAGUGAGAUAGGAAGUAACUGUGCAGAUAUAUUCAAGUAACCCUCUUGCAAUAAAUGUUUUCUGUACAGGGUGGGUCAUACGGUGGCGGCAGCAGCCAAUUUGGACAGGUAAUUUAUCUAUCUAUCUAUCUGUCUAUCUAUCUAUCUAUCUAUCUAUAUCUCCAUAAGAUUUUUAUUUUUUUUAACCUGCUUCUGAAUAUAGAAAGUACAGUCAUACCUCGGGUUGAAUGUGCUUCAGGUUGAAUGCUUUCGGGUUGUGCUCCGCGGCAACCCAGAGGUAACGGAGAGUGUUACUUCUGGGUUUCGCUGCUCGUGCAUGCACAGACGCUCAAAAUGGCGUCACACGCAUGCGCGGAAGCGGCAAAACGCGACCUACGAAGACGCGCUGUCGCGUCUUACGUUCUAUUCAGGAUGCAAACGGGGCUCCGGAACGGAUCCCGUUCGCAUCCCGAGGUACCACUGUAGCUUAGAUUGUGUACACAGCAUAAAUGUGGGGUGCUGUUUCACCCCAUAGAAGACAUCCAUUCACUUUGAAUGCUGGUUGGAGAACAGGACUCUGUGUCUGUCUGUGGUCUUUCAUUGUGUGUGACUGUGUUUUAUAUCUGUCUACACACACACACACACACACACACACACACACAGGGUUAUAGUUCGCAUCAAACACUACUGUGGGGUUCUUAGGCUGUGUACCCACCAUACAUUUAAAGCACACACACGCCUCGAUAAUUCUGGGAGUUUCACAGACCUGCAACUCCCAGCUCCCUUAACAAACGACAUCUCCAAGGACUGUGGUGGUGAGGGUGAAUGUGUGGUGUGUACAGACUCAUAGGCUGUAGGUUUUAAAGGUGGGGUAGACAGAGAAACAAAGAUGGACCAACCAGCUCAUCUAGUGCCCUGGCAGGUUGUGCGAAAGCAGAACUAUGCCAAUGCCCUCCUCCUCUGCCCUAUUCUCAUUUGCCUGUUUUAAUUUACUGAUUUCCAGUUACAAUUCAGCAGAUUACAUAGCUCUGCAAGGGCAGAAAUACAGUUGUGGGCUGGCAUCGUCCCUUCCCUGGUUUGCGGGGGGAGGCAUGUCAGGGAACGAGCAAAGGUUUAGGAUUAUCGGAAUCCAUGACUGUAAGAUGCAUUUAAGGAUGGUGACCCAGACCAAGUUAUUUAGAGUAAGGUUACCAGACGUCCCGGUUUCCCGGGGACAGUCCCUGGAUUUACAAAUCAGUCCCCGACAAAAUCAAUCUAUUUAGUAGGAAAUAUUUAGGAAAUAGUAGGAAAUAUUUACAGGGAUGCGGGUGGCGCUGUGGGUUAAACCACAGAGCCUAGGACUUGCCGAUCAGAAGGUCGGCGGUUCGAAUCCCCAUGACGGGGUGAGCUCCCGUUGCUCGGUCCCUGCUCCUGCCAACCUAGCAGUUCGGAAGCACGUCAAAGUGCAAGUAGAUAAAUAGGUACCGCUCCGGCAGGAAGGUAAACGGCGUUUCCGUGCACUGCUCUGUUUCGCCAGAAGCAGCUUAGUCAUGCUGGCCACAUGACCCGGAAGCUGUACGUCAGCUCCCUCGGCCAAUAAAGCGAGAUGAGCGCCGCAACCCCAGAGUCAGUCACGACUGGACCUAAUGGUCAGGGGUCCCUUUACCUUUACCUAUAACCCACCUUAAGCAUGAGAAAAGUCCACCAGAAAUCUAUGGGAUGUAGCCAACUAAAGUAGGCCCGGUGAAAUCAAUGGGCCUACCAGUAAAUGAAUCCUAAUCCAUUCAUGUCAGUGGUUCUAAUCUGGGUAGUAUCCAACCAUGGUCAUACUCAAUCUCUUCAGUUGCCUUGAGGCUCAGUUCCUAGAACUCCUGAGCUUUUUUGCUCCGGACUGGAACACAUGAAACACAGACUGGGUGCUUUCUCCUGAUCUGUUCUUGGCAUGCUCCCUUUCUCCUCUGCCAUUAUGGCAGUUCUGACCUAACAUCAAUGAGGUUAGGGCUAUGAAGAUAACCAUGGUUCUGGGCAGGGGACCUGGGGUGAGAUCUUCCUCUCCAAGUGUAGAUCUCGCUCUCUUUCUCCGUCCUCAGAGAGGGAGAUCCACUCUAUCCUAGUGCCUCUUCCAGAGACCAUAUUAUUGCAGGGCUGAUGCAGAUGUAUUUAACCAAGCUGGUAUCUCAGCAGAAAAAUCUGUUUUUUAAAAAAUAACAAUAAUAAUAAACUGUAUCCUCUGCAGGGUGGAACAUACGGCAGUAGCAGCAGCAGCAGCAGCAGUACCCAAUAUGGAAAGGUAAAAACACUUUAAAAAUACACAUGAUAUAGGGCUUGGUCACUCACUCAAUCAAUCUAAUCUUUUGUCAACCAUCCAUUACAGAGAGACCAAAAUAUGAAAUAAUAACAAAGUUCAGCCUCUGUAGAACCAGUUAAUAAAUAUCAAAGCUGACAGGUUAGGAAAUAACAAACAUAACAGGUCUAAGAGAUAUUGCAACCUUCAGAUAUAUUUCCCCCCGGUCGGUAAUAAAUUUAUUGAACACCUCAAUAAAGACACUCAAAAGGGUCUCUAAAGAUCAAAUGAUUUCUUUCUUUCUUUAACGCUUUGUAUAUAUAUAUAUCCCUUGACACUUGAGAUGUCUAUUUUCAGAGCCCACCUUAUUUAAGUUGUUUUACACACUGUUUUCAAUACUGUGUUUUCAUAUUGAUGUUUUUUUAAUUGUUGUAAACAUCCCUGGGGCCUUAGGGUGAAGGGUGGAUAAUUAAUAAUACCAAUAAUACUUGCUAAUGCGCAAAGUAUACACAGAGAUCCAGAAAAUAAAAUGCAAAUAAGUAUCUCUGCUUAUUUCUGCUCCCGAAUAGAGGAAGUAGCUUUGUGCAGAUAGGUUAAGCUAAUCCUUUGUUAAAUAAGAUGUAUUUUUUUCUGUACAGGGUGGAUCAUUUGGUGGUGGCAGCAGUCAGUAUGGACAGGUAAAACAUUGUUUUAAUAUUAUAGCAUAUGUGCAGAUUAUUCCAUGGAGAGAUGGGGAUAUCAAGCCUAUACUUAGGCUGGAUGUUGGAACUAAAGAUACACUUCUGCUUUGCCAAGGAAAAAGGCAUGCUCAGCCCUGAAGGGCAGGAAAAAUAUACACAAGCAGAAGAUGCAAAGAAGUCAUAAAAAACCAACAGAUGCCCACAGUCUUCCAGUAAAUACUGCCGGUGCCCCAUCAGUUCAGGAACUGGGCUGGUGAUGACAAUCUACAUGUACCCAAACAUGGAGGGAUGCACAUCACACACACAACAUGCAAGACAUGGGACAGUGCCCCCCCUCCAUCUCCCCCAGUGACAGAGCCGGCAACAAACCUCUGGUGUUCCUUGGUAUGCAGCCUUCAGUUCCAGGCUCCUUAACCCAUGAUAUUUAUGCAGUUUUUCUCAUGGUAAAUAAUUGGGUUCCUUAUUUUACUUUUUGGCAGGGAUCGCAGACUGGUGGACGUUACGGCAAUAUCAUUUGCGAUCAGGUAAGAGUAGCCCUUCUGUGUUGCACCUUACACUUGGCAUGUGAUGUGCUGAUUAUCCCCAGGAGAUAACAUUUCACUUGUUUCUGAAAUGAAAUCCUAAAGGGAUACUCUCACAGUUUUUCCCCCCUCAAAGUUUUUUUUUAAGCGUAGUCAUCUUGCUCAGUUACCUUUUCUACUUUCCUGAACUCAACUCAUUUAAAAAAUAAAUAAAUCAUAAGCAUGAAUAUUAUUUUGUCUGAAAUCUUCUACUUCACAUUCUUCAAACAGUCUUUUCGAUAUUAUAAGGUGAUACAACUGAAACUAGAAUUUUUAAAAGCUGGUAGGACAUUACAUUUGUCUUGCAGUGCAUUACAUUUGCACAAAAUGAUUAUACAGGAUGGAAUUAGUGCUUUUUUCCUGAUUAAUUUGCCGGGCUAAAGGAAAGGCAGGAGAAAAUAAGACAUUUGGCUGGGGAAAGCCAUUUUCACAACUCUUUAUGUUUCUAAUAUCUGUACUUCAACUUUUAAAACCUACAUGGAAUCUGAUAUAAAAAUGGCUGUCUUCUGCUUUCUCUCACAUUUUAACGAACAGCAUCCCCUAGUGGCACAUUUCAGAUUGACAAACACUCCUAGGCCUGUUGAUGAUAUACACAUUUUUCACUUUUAUACCUAUAUAUCUUGGUGGUUUCCAUCACAGAAUCCUGUUUCAUCAAAGUACUGACAGUUAACCACUAAAGCCCAUUAAACCCUUAAAGAACUACAGUUCCUUAAAGUUCCCUGGAGGAGGGGAUGCUAAACCAUUUCAGUUAGUACUAUUGAUGCAUUCCUAGCUUUGGGCGAGGGACACCUUAUAUUUAGAUAUCACAAAUUAGUCUCUUGGUUCUGUUUUUCAAAAUAUAUAACAAUAUACUAUUUCCCCCUCUGCAGGGUGAUGCCUCUACUUACGGAGGAAAAGCUGUGGUAAAUAUUUUUCAUUUGCAAUAUUUUAAAAUAUCAGUUUAGGCGUUGCCUAAGUUGAAUUAGGGGUCCACACAUUAUCCUUUGAAUCGGAAGAAUAUGACUCUCAGAUUUGAACCCUAUAAUCAUCGCUCAUGCUCAGGAACCUAAGACUUGACUAACAAAUAUUCUAGAGUAGGCAACUGUUACAGGCUGUUUCAAACUGCAGCCGGUGAAGGAAGUGAUAAUUCAAAUCUUGAUAUGGCUGCACUACUAAAUGGAACCUAAUACCAGAAAUUUUCUAUAGCCUUCCAGGUAUGAGAGAAAGCUGGCUGGCUUUCCUUAUUAUAUCACGAGGCUGCUGCGCCAUUUCUCACUAUUGCACAGUUGUGGCACUAGCGAUUUCCAUUGAUCUAUUGCAUUUGGACCAUUGCACAUUUUAUAUUGCCUCGGGGGCAGGGAAUGUCAGGUACCUGGCUGGAGGGCUUAGUUCAGCUUCCACUUUCAUGGGUCACAAAUUGAAUGGGCAUUAUUUUAGGAUUUUUUUAAAAAAAAAACCUUUCUGUUUUCAUUUCAUUCCAUGCCAUUUAUCUCGACAGAGCUCAGCAAACUGUAGAGGCAAAAGGGACGUAGCAGCUCAAGUAAGUACUCUUUGGUUUCCACAUGCUGGAUUUGCUCCAAAUAUGCUUCUAAAGAGCAUAUUUGUGCAAACAAAGCCACAGAGGGAUUCGUUCGGCAUCUGCUAACUUGGGUUUAUGUUUUCCCCUUACAGGAGGCAUUCACAGCUUUCAUCAGAAAGAUUCAGGAAAAAAGAGUAAGCAUUACCCAUUACCAUAAUCUCAGUUUUAACUCUUAAAAGAGUCAGCAGGAUUGGAUUUUAUUGGCAGCACUGGCUCAUAUGCUCUUAAAAUUGUAUAAAUAUAUGUAGCUGUAUCAACAGGAUGCAGGAUUCUUUGCCAGCUUUGAGGUCAAGAGAAUAAAUGCUUUCAAAAACUGUUUCAGGAAGUAGAUAACUGCACACAGGUUCAUGUACAUUAGCAGAGAGUUUUAGUCAUACAUUCUUGACCCUUUGUGUUGGGUCGUGGUGUGAGUGUGGUAUUUGUAAACUGCCUGGUUCCAGCUACCCAUGGUAUUCUCUGUGGUGUUGUGUACCUAGGCACUUUUCCUAAUGUGACAUUAUAAUAAUUUUUAUUUGACUUGUAUAUUUGUCACCUCUGUAUAGUCCAAGCCUUGGUCUGAUGCCAUUACUAUAUCUCUUGCAGGAAAACAUGAACUUCUUGGAUGAAGUUCAUGUUUUCCUGCAAGAGAUAGAGUAAUGGCAUCAGACCAGGGCAGUUUUAACUGGUCCUUGCUAGUUUUACCAAAUGAUAAUAAAGCAGAACUUUCAGCCAAAUAGAAAAGAAAAAAACAGUUAUUCCAUAAUUUUAUAUUACUUCUCUCUCUCUCUCUCUCUCUCUCUCUCUCUCUCUCUCUCUCGUCUUUGAUGUUGUAUGUUUCAUUUUUUAUAUGCAAAUGUACAUAUUGUACAAUAUGCUCUUCCUGAGGAUGUGCUCUGUAAGCAGAAAGACCUCACUAAUAGAUGGCGCCAACUUUAUUAUGGAGCCUGAACACUCAUGGGUGAAUUGGCCAGUUUGUGUGGCAAAAUAUAUCAGUCUUUUGAGCUAGGUUAAGUUGAGAAAGAGAAAUGCGGUGAGCUUCUUAACUGCAGAGAUUUGAACCCAGCUCUUUCACAUCUAGUGGAGGGAAGUCAACCUUCCCACUGCUGUUGAUUCUCCCUUAUAAUGCACUGCAGACAAGAGUGUUGAGUGUGUUUCAAGGUGUAUGCUAGGUUUAUACAGAGUAAUGCAGAGGCCCCGCAGGCCUACCUAAAACAAUAUUUUGUAAAAUGCAGGUGUUCCUCAGUGGACAAGGUGAUAUGGAAAAGUUCCCUGAACAUAGGAAUGUUGAAGAGCACUGCUCUCAGAUAUAAGCAUAAAUGUUAUCUAAAACUAAUCUUUUCUUUCCUUACUUCCCAAGGCACUUCCUGUAAUCAGAAAGGCACGGAGUGUGCAAAGCGCUCUCACCAGAAAGACUCGGAGUGAAAAAGUAAGCGCUACUUGUAUAUAUCAUAGAAUUGUAGAGUUGGAAGGGAUCACAAGGAUCCUCUAGUCCAACCCCCUGCAAUGCAGGAAUCUUUUGGCCAACAUGGGACUCAAACCCACAACCCUGAGAAUGGAAGGGAAAGCUGUGGCAUGUUUCCAACCCAGUGGUGUGUGUUGGCUUCCUCCCAUUCUCCUUUGCACUAUCUUUCAAAUCCUUUUUGUUUGUUGUUUUAACGUUCAGCUCAGGGAGAUUGUAGAGGUUGCUCUAGAAAGUCCCAUCCCGUUCAAUCUUCUCUGCCAAUCCAAAUAUUUUUUUAAAAAAUAGUUGGAAGAUAUGCUCCAGUACCGAUUUCUUUCUAUGCUCCUCCCACCCAGCCUGAAUUACUGGAAUAAAAUGUUAUGUUGAGAGCAGAACUCCUAAUCGGCUUUGUCCUCCAACACUCAUUCAGAGAUGGGGAAGAUCCAAGAAGAGCUUUUUCAAAAUUUGAUCCCUUGUUAUAUCUCUGCCCCUGCAACGGGGUGAGCUCCCGUUGCUCAGUCCCAGCUCCUGCCCACCUAGCAAUUUGAAAGCACGUCAAAGUGCAAGUAGAUAAAUAGGUACCACUCCGGCGGGAAGGUAAACGGCGUUUCCAUGCACUGGUCUGGUUCGCCAGAAGCGACUUAGUCAUGCUGGCCAAAUAUCCUGGAAGCUGUACGCCGGCUCCCUCGGCCAAUAAAGCGAGAUGAGCACCGCAACCCCAGAGUCGGUCACGACUGGACCUAAUGGUCAGGGGUCCCAUUACCUUUACCUAUAUCUCUGCAGUUCUUUCUGAGCUUCAGGUGGCCCACAUCAUAUUUUGCAAAGUGGCUGACCAAACUCUUAGUAUGGUACAGAAUAGUUUGCUUGAUGUUCGUUCAGAUAAAAGCAAGACCUUAAAACUUUCCCUUGUCUCUCUCUCUGCAGGCUCGCGCUCUGAUCAGAGCAGCUCGGAGUGAAAAAGUAAGAACUGCCUGACACCAUUUUCUUCAUUUUGACUCUUCAGCGCCUGUUGUAUUUGCUAGUGCCAAAAUUAACUGUUUGUACUGUAGAGGUGUUAAAAUAAAGUGCAGGAAAUAGCUUUUAACUUAGAAGCUAACACAACGCUUGCGCCUAGCAAGAGGCAGGAAGAAGCAAGACUCUCUCGCUGCAGACUGGUGGAGCGUUAUAACAUUUACAAAUCAAGAAGGAACAGGUUGACCUGUACCUGUGGUAUUUUGGAACAUGUGGCUGGUCUAACUAAUCCCUAUCUCUGAACUUACCUUUUUACAUGAUGUAAUCUUUCUCUGAUAACACUCAGCUUUCUCCUGUGUUUUCAUGCUGCCACCCGCAAAAGACAUAUUUAGGUUUAUGUUUCAAUUUUUGUGUUAUAUGUGUGUUACUGUACUCAGUGGAAUAAUCUCAAUAAACAAAUUACAAAUAAAAUAAAAGAAGAAGUGUUGUUUGGGCUGCGUGAGGAGAGCUAAACGCAGCCCUACGGUGUAGUUAAUGGAAGAAUUUCAGUCAGGUCUUCGUCAAACAAAGCCUUAUUGACUCAGCACUGCCUACUUAAAACCUACAUACAUAUAAUUGUCCACUGAGCUGCUAUUUGCAGCAGAGUGGAGGGGAGCUUUCCCCCCAAACCAGACAGCUCUUAAUGGCAAAGAAAAAGCACAUCAGUCUAAAUGAGCACAUCAAAUAAACCAGAAGAUGUUUCCUGAAAACUUCUAGGAUUAUUUAUACCAACUUUAUACAAUGUGUGUCUAUAUAUCGGGGUAGUGAACCCCUUUCCGUCAAUGGUCCAGAUUCAAUUAUGGCCAACCCUUCAUGAUCCACCUUUCACAGGUGGGUGGAACCACCUAUCUGUCAAUCACCCAGCAUCAUAUAUCAUCAGGUGCAAAGCAGCGCUGAACGCAAGCCAUGUUUGCAAAGGAAUAAUCUGGAGCCUGCUCUUGCCAACAAACAAUUUGGACCCCGGGCUCCUGGUUGUUCCUUUGCAAACAUGGCUUGCGUUCAGCCCCGUUGAAAUUCGGCAUCAAAUGCAAGGUACAUUGUCAAUUCUCGAAUGAAUACAAUGUACUAAAAGCAGCACAACUUGCUUUUUAAUUUCUUCUGAAACUUUUGUACUGUCUUUCCACUGAUUGGGCUCUCAGACUUCUAUAGCUUUGAAAAUCCAGUGAACAGGCAGAUUUUCCUCCUUCGCCUCGUUUCGUUUAUUUAAGCUGUUGCUCAGGCAAGCAAAUAACUCUGCUUUCUGAAAUUUCUGGCUUUGUUACAGAAUGAAACCUCUAAUCCACCAAGUAUCAAUACCUAUGGCCAGGUAAGGACAUCCACUCCCAUCAAGUCUUCAUUGAAACAUACUAGCUAGGACUUGAAAUUAGGCCAUUGUACAUCACUUGUGCCUGCCCAGUCUGUGUGGUGUGGCGCUACAUGCGAAGAGCUCAUUAAGAGACAAAUGAAGAUACAAUUGGGCACAUGUGUGUUGCAGCUAGGAAAUCAGUCAUGCACACUUCCUCCCCUGAGGAAAUGUCUUCAUCUCACCUUAAACACGGUUGGCAAGCAAGUUGGGAACUAUACUAAGUGCUGCUCAGGCAAGCUAGAACCUGCUUCAGAGGGAUUAAUAACCAGGGUUUGGAGCAGAGUAAAUCAUGCCCGCCUAUUUGUUAUAGAGGAGGACCGGUUACCAAAAUCGGCAUCCUCUCAGACUGCAAUAUUAGGAGUUUUCAAGGACUUGCAAACAACCGGUGCAUUUUUUAAUGACUGUUUUUUCAGUGGGCAGCAGAACCACCCACCCACCCACCACGUUGUAUCAUGCUUUUGAAAUUCCUCUUCAUUUCAAAAGUGAUUUGCCUUCAACAUGGUAGGCUCCUGUCCAAGAAACAGAACUCCCCUCAGAGAGUAAAAAUGGUUUGCAGAUCUAGGGGAUGAAAGGAAGAAGCACGAACCAGGCAGCUAAAGUCCAAAUGCCAACGCUCAGCAGUUCACCUGAGACAGACUUGUUCCUCUUUCUCAUCCUUCGGACAGUGAAUUCCUAUGAAAACAGAUAUGUCGUGCCCCUGAGCAAUUUUGUGUCCCAGAGGAAGUAGAAGCAGCCCCAAUGUCGUUGCAUUGUAGUACUUUAUGUAAGAUGCUUUGAGGGUACUUCUCGAUCAAAAGGUGGGAUAGAAAUUAAGUAAAUAAAUAAUCUGGAUGAUUAGUCUCUGGGACCUGACUACAGUGGCCCUUUCAAUUAAUUUCCCCAGAUAUUACUAAUUUGGCUUUCACUUUAGUACAUACCCUACACAGUCCUGUCAGAUGUUCUUGACGUUUCUGUAUUUCAGUCACAUCAGACUGUUUGGUUCUUAUUGUAUAUCCUAAUGGCCAUAGACUAAUUCUUUGUAAAGUUUUUAAAUCUUUUGAUAAUUACAUUACAGAAAUAGAUGGUGUUUAUUUAUUAUUUUGCAUCUUUCACAGGGCGAAAGCUUUUAUAAUAACGAAAACCAUAAUGUACAGGUAAGAAUUUUCCCCUUGUAGAUCAAUUUGAUCAGAUGGUCCUUCAAAGAACUCUGAUCCAAGAGUAAUUACCACUCACUUUCUAUAGUUUUCUGGUGUUCAUACAAAGACAGUGACUCUCCAGGGACAAGUAACUCUCCAAGGAGUAUACACUCUCCUAUUGAAAGUGGGGGGGGAAAUCAAGUGUUCUUUAUGCUCUUAAUCAGGACGUGGCAUAAAUUUAGGAAUUUUAAUGGAAUCGUUAAUCUCAUGCAAAAGAAAACGAAAAGAAAUUCAACAAAAAAUGAAAAAUGAUCUUCCAAAACACAAUUUGGGCUUAAAAAUAAAAUAAAAUCUGAACCCACGGGAAAAGAUUUAUGUAAGAAAUAUGAAGCACCAGCGUUUAUUUUGAAAUAUACUCCGUACAUGUAGUCCAAAUGAAUAUAUUUUUCUCCAGGAUUCUGUUCUGAAAAAAAUGCAAAUCUGGUUCUGAAAGGGAAAGCUAAUAAGCAAAUAAGCUGAAAAAUGCAGCAGUAUUAGAACAUUUUAAAAGUGAUGGGCUGGCAUAGUUUAUUACUUAGUAUAGGUAAUGCAUUGAUGAUAAUAAUAUAUACAGUGGUGCCCCGCAAGACAAAUGCCUCGCAAGACGAAAAACCCGCUAGACGAAAGGGUUUUCCGUUUUUCGAUGCGCUUCGCAGGACGAAUUUCCCUAUGGGCUUGCUUCGCAAGACGAAAAUGUCUUGCGAGUCUUGAGAUUUUUUUUCGCUCCCCCCCCCUUUUCCUAAGCCGCUAAGCCGCUAAUAGCCUUUUAGUCGCUAAGCCGCUAAGCCUUUAAUAGCCGCUAAACCGCUAAUAGCGCUAAUCCAGUAAGCCGCUAAUAGGGUUGCUUCGCAAGACAAAAAAACCGCUAGACGAAGAGAGUCGCUGAACGGAUUAAUUUCGUCUUGCGAGGCACCACUGUAUUGUCUUCGGUUCAUUGCUUUGCAUUUGAGUUGCAAAUUUGGGCUCACCCUGUGGCUGCAGGAUGCAAUAUGGGCUAUCUUUUCCCCCUGUUCUUUCUGUCUUCACCCAAUAACUUACGUUGCCUCAUAUUGUUUAUACAGGCACAAUGCUAGAAAGUUAAAAAUAGAAGUUUUUGGAUUGUAACAUGAGCUCUUAAGUUGUACAAAGGUGCCUCCAGGUGCGUUUUUGGGUGUAUAUUGUUGGUCAUAUAGGAUAGCACUUAUGACAUAAUGAAAAUCAGGAGGACACUGGUGGGGAAAUCACAUCUCUUUCAACAGCUGCUAGCAGGAAGAUUGAUUAUGGCAUAGGCUGCUUCCUGACAUUCUAGCUUCCAGGGGGAAGAACUUUUACUGGUCAGCAGCAAAUCUUAGGGUCUUCCACCUACAUUGUACAGCAGCAUGAUAAUCUUGUAAAGACAAAUUAUAGUGCUGCUGCUCAUAUAUAUAUAUAUAUAUAUAUAUAUAUAUAUAUAUAGUCACAUAUCACUAUUGACAAAAAAAAUCAAAGUGGUUUACAACAAUUGUACAUAAAACCAUUCAAUUGAAAACAUAAAAUAAAAAUAAAAUCAGAAAUCAGCUAUACAUUGUGGAAAUAUUUGUUUUUAAUUAUCUACAUAAGCCUAACAGAAUAGAAACAUUUCCAGCAGGCGUUUGAAAGUUGAAACCGAAGGCGCCUGCUAAAUCUCUGCUAGUAUAGCAUUCCGUAAUACCGGGCCGAUGACAUUAAAGGCUCGGUUCCUUGUUUCUGUCGAAUGAGCCUCACCAACUCAGGCCACAACUGACAACGUUCCUGCCGUUGAUCUCAGCGACUCUGCUGGGGCUGAGGUGCUCCUAAAUUGUUUAGGGCUUUGUGAAAUAAUACAAGGACCUUGAACCUGGCUCAGGAGUAGAAGAGCAACCAUUGCAGAUGCAUUAACAAUUGUGGCAAAUGUUGUCGGCCAGAUGUCCCUGUCAGUAAUCUGGCCAUUGCAUUCUACACCAGCUGGAACGUCUGAACCAGGCCCAAGGGCAGCCCCACACAGAGUGCAUAGCAGUAAUCCAGCCUCGAGGUUACUAACACAUGGACCACAGUGUGUGCAUCGACCUAUAAACAUCUGCCUUAAAUACUUCAAAAUUCAAAUUAUGUUUAAUAAUGCUAGAGCUUGGUGCGAUGAAAUAAUUAAACACAUGCAGUAAGCAGCACUUUGAACAGUUAAGUGCAGAUAGAAGAUUGAACUGUAUAUUGAGAUGCUAUUUGUUUUUAAUUCACUUUGUCCUUUAUAGGAUGGAUCAUUUGUGGCUUAUGCCAAUAGGCAGGUAAGCAAAUUUGAUGGGACUUUGUUCAACUGUUUGUUGUAUCCAAAUGUUAAUGGGAGAGUGAGGAGACUUCAGUUUCUAUUCCUUCUUUCAGUUGCUCCCCCACCGCCCCAAUUCCCGGUCAAUUCCCUCUCUGGUCAUUUUUCAUCCUUUCGGUUUCUCCAAUCCUCAAUUUCCUUGCCUCACUACCUUUUAUUGACAACCAGUCUCUUUCUGACACUUGGGCAACUGUAGUUCCUUUUCUUCUGCAUUUCAAAGAAAAUCUUAAGAUUAUCCCGAGUGACUCGCCUGCGCAUUUGUUUCAGGCUUUUGCUCAGUUCAUAUCCUGCCCUUCACCGGUUUCACCGGUUAUAGGGCGAGUUGCAUCUCAAUACACACAAAUUCAUACAAUAAAAUUUUAAAUAACUGGCAGGACAAUCCAAGUCUUGGCUGGGCAGGGGUGGAACACGACAGGGUGUGGGGCCAUUGCCACCACAUUCACAUCCCUAUCGCUCAAGACAAAUUGCUGCACCAGCCUAGAGGUGGCACAGCGAUUGGGUCUGAUGCCAUCAAGCAACAGCAUGCUGGAUAUUCCAUCAGAAAACAGAAAUCAAUUUUACCUCAGAAAUUCAGUACGUGGAUUUUCCCCCAGAUGCUGAUGCAACAUUGGAGCUUGACUCCCAUCCCAUGUAGGAAUAGAUUACAACUUAAAUCCUUUUUGAAUUUGCACAUGUUACUUAAAAUGUGGCAGAAGUAUCCAUAGAAUCUUGCAGCUCCCAUUUUAUCAAUAUAAACUUAGGGGAAUGCGAAUUGCAUUUCAUCUGACUUCUCACAACAAAAAUGGAGCUAACUUUUCUAUUUUUACAGGGAGAAUGUUUUUGCCCUGGCGCACAGGUAACUAUUUUUCUUUGCUGUUCCCAAACUGGUUGUCUCGUGAUUUCAUUUAGCAUUAUAGGUUGGAGGGAGUGGGUGGCACUGUAAUCUAAACCACUUGGGCUUGCUGAUCGGAAGAUUGGCGGUUCAAAUCCCCACGAAGAGUGAGCUCCUGUUGCUCUGUCCCAGCUCCUGCCAACCUAGCAGUUCAAAAGCACACCAGUGCAAGUAGAUAAAUAGGUAUUGCUGUGGCGGGAAGGUAAAUGGUUCUUCCAUGCGCUCUGACUUCCAUCACGGUGUCCCGUUGUGCCAAAAGCAGUUUAGUCAUGCUGGCCACAUGACCCAGAAAGCUGUCUGUGGACAAACGGCUCCCUUAGUGAGAUGAGUGCCACAACCCAAUAGUCACCUUUGACUGGACUUAACCAUCCAGGGGUCCUUUACCUUACCUUUUACCCUGUUAUAGGUAAUAGGACACCUGGUUCACAUAAGAUUACUUUUCCUGGUCAUGGGGUGGAGAAGACAAUAAAUAGGAAAGCCACUCUUUCGUCCUCUGUAGUGACACAGUUCUGGCAAGGCUAUGAAUAUGGCAGUUUGUCUGACUUUAGUCCGUCCCCCCACUUUUGGGAUUGCUCAUCCCAUGUACAGUAGAUACUUUUACAUUUAUCAGUAUUUCCGCAGUGCAGACCUAUUAAAGUGAUAUAGCAUCUUUAGCAAUUGGGUUUUGUUGUUAUUGAAGUCAUUGUUUUCUGCGCAGGGUGGUGGAUCGUAUGGCAGUCAAUAUGGACAGGUAAAAACUCUUUUUUGAUACUUAGCAUAUAUGAAAUGCAUCAUGCAGUAAUACUAUACACUAAGAUUUUAAAAAUGAAUGGAAAAUGGGUUUUAUGGGUGAUAUCCAGCAUCAGUCAUACUCUUGGCAGACCAAUGAAAUCAGUGGACUUAAGCAUCUUCAGUCAAUUGAUAUUAAUGGGUCUACUUGGAGUAUGACUUUAGUAGGAUAUCCCUCUGCUUUUUUGCUGCUCCUGAACAUUAAAAAAUAGUUUAGUAUGCAUAUAUUAGUGUAAUACAACAGAUCAUCAAGAAACUUUUUGAAGUAUGGAUUGUUUGUUUUCUCCUACAGGGUGGAUCAUAUGGUGGUGGCAGCCAGGUAAUAACUUUUAGAACCAGUGUGGUGUAGUGGUUAAGAGCGGUAGUCUCGUAAUCUGGGGAACUGGGUUCGUGUCUCCGCUCCUCCACAUGCAGCUGCUGGGUGACCUUGGGCCAGUCACACUUCUUUGAAGUCUCUCAGCCCCACACACCUCACAGAGUGUUUGCUGUGGGGGAGGAAGGGAAAGGAGAAUGUUAGCUGCUUUGAGACUCAUUCAAGUAGUGAUAAAGUGGGAUAUCAAAUCCAAACUUUUCUUCAAAUCCAAACUCUUUUAAUAAGUAGCAAGAACUUUUAAUAGGCAUUACAAGUAGCAUACCAGAGAUAUUAAAAGUGUUUCUCAUUAUUCCUGCUUCUGAAUGUAGAAAGCAAUAUGGUUUUUUUCCAGCAACAUUUUUUUACAAUAACUAUUUUCUGUACAGGGUGGACGGUUCGGAUAUGGCAGCAGCAGCCAAUAUGGACAGGUAAAAGCACUUUUAAUUUAUAGUACAUACAGAGUAUAUACUGCACUAUGGCUUGCAUCCAGCUAAGUCAUAUUCAGAGUGAGCCCACUGAAAUUAUUCGACAUCAGGUAACUGUGACUGACUUUAUUUCAGUGGUUCUGCUCUGAGUAUGAUUUAGCCAGAUACAACACCAUGGUAAAUAUACAGUAUAUGCAGAGGCAUGAAAAUAAAAUCUGUUUAAUGCUUAUUUUGCUCUUAAAUAUUGAGAGUUGCUUAGGGCAGAUACAUGAAUGUAUUUUUAAAAAUGUCUCCUGCACAGGGAGGAACGCAUGGUGGCGGCAGCGGCCAAUAUGGGCAGGUAAAAACUCUUUUGACAUACAGUGUAUAAGUAAUGGAGAGUGUGGCGCUGUGGUCCAAACCACUGAGCCUCUUGGGCUUGCUGAUCAGAAGGUCGGUGGUUUAAAUCCCCACAACAGGGUGAGCUCCCAUUGCUCUGUCCCAGCUCCUGCCAACCUAGCAGUUCGAAAGCACACCGGUGCAAGUAGAUAAAUAGGUACCGCUGCGGCAGGAAGGUAAAUGGUGUUUCCAUGUGCUCUGGUUUCCAUCACGGUGUUCCGUUGCACCAGAAGCGGUUCGGUCAUGCUGGCCACAUGACCCGGAAAGCUAAGAUAGCGAGAUGAGCGCUGCAACCCCAUAGUCAUUUGACUGGACUUAACUAUCCAGGGGUCCUUUACCUUUUUACCUUCACUAUAUGUAAUAUAUAUGAGGUCUUACAUGGUAUACAUAUUUUUAUUAUUACUCUGAUCCUCCACAUAAAAGUAGUUUAGAAUUCAAUCCUAAAUUGAACUGGAAUAGUGAUGGAAUAGCCACCACUUCCAAAAUCCUGCCAGCUUGCGCUGGUCAGAGUAGAUGGUGUUGGGGUGUCAUUUUCUUUUUUGCUGGCUGGGUGUUUUGUUUUUAAUCCCCACUUCCCCAGUUCGAAUGGGGAAUGGGCAGGUGAUAAGUAAGGCCAGCUCCAUGCUAACAGAGGGUAAGGGCUCAAUUCAGGAGCCCAUUUGGCAAAUGAAGAGGCCUUGGGUCAAGGGGUCCCAAGGCCACCUUUGUCUUUCCCCUGCUGAAUCUCUGUUUUGAGUCCUAACGCCAGCUACCGAUCGCAAAAUAAGGAACAGCUGUUUCUGUAUGACCAUGGAGGAACAUAACAGGGCAUAACAGGAACCCCCAUGCCCUUUGCUUCCCAAGUUCAUCUCUAGCAAAGGAGACAAACCUUCACUCCUUCCUAACCCCAUUUAGCCAGUGGUAGGAUUGCAUUGCACAUGUGCUAAGGUAAUAUUAUUCAGGUAAUAAUUGUUUUCUGUUCAGGGUGGACAGAGUGGAUCCUAUGGUGGCAGCCAAUAUGGACAGGUAAAAAUCAUUUUGUUAUCUAGUAUAUGUAUUAUAGAUAAAUAGAUGAUAGCUAGAUAGAUGAUAGAUAGAUAGAUAGAUAGAUAGAUAGAUAUAAUAGAUAUAAUAGAUAUACCGUAUUUUUUGCUCUAUAAGACUCGCUUUUUCCCUCCUAAAAAGUAAGGGGAAAUGUGUGUGCGUCUUAUGGAGCGAAUGCAGGCUGCACAGCUAUCCCAGAAGCCAGAACAGGAAGAGGGAUCGCUGCUUUCACUGCGCAGCAAUCCCUCUUGCUGUUCUGGCUUCUGAGAUUCAGAAUAUUUUUUUUCUUGUUUUCCUCCACCAAAAACUAGGUGCGUCUUAUGGUCUGGUGCGUCUUAUGGAGCGAAAAAUACGGUAUAUAGUAAUAAAUGAUGUGCUAUUAUGUAGAUAAAAGUUUGGUGGGUUUUUUCUGCCUUUGAAUAUAGGAAGCUAGUUGAGAUGUAUUAAAGUAAUCCUUUUUCAAUUUAUAAUUGUUUUCUGUUCAGGGUGGACAGAGUGGAUCUUAUGGUGGCAGCCAAUAUGGACAGGUAAAACAUAUUUUGUUAUCGUGUGUGUGUGUGUUGUAAUACACAGUGUGUUAUUAUAUAGAUAAAAGUUUAGUGGGGGAUUUUCUGCCUUUGAAUAUAAGAAGCUAGUUGAGAUGUAUUAAAGUAAUCCUUAUUCAGUUUAUAAUUGUUUUCUGUUCAGGGUGGAUCAUACGGCAGCAGCAACCAAUAUGGACAGGUAAAUGUUAUUUUGUAAUAUAGCAUAUGGAGAGAAAGACAGAGAGAAAGAGAGAAUUAUGAAAAAUAAAAUAAAAAUACAUUUUAUGCUUAUUUCCUGUCCUGGUUAUAGAAAGUAGCUGAGUGCAGAUAUAUUUCAGCAAUAUAGUUUUUCAGCAUCAGAUAAUAUUUCUUGAAAUAGCUGUUUUCUGGACAGUGGGCAGGGGGAUCAUAUGGGGACAACUGCCAAUAUGGUUGUUUCUCCUAUAUUUCCCCCCAGCUUUGACUAUUUAUCUACAGUUUAUUUAUUAUGCAGUUAUAUUGAGCUUGCAUAUUUUAUUUUUUUAAAAUGGUUGUAAUAAGUAGUAAUAAGACUUUUUAAAAUACAGGGUGGAUCAUAUGGUUAUGGUCAUCCAUAUGGACAGGGUGGAUCAUACGGUGGUAGCAGUCAAUAUGGACAGGUAAAAGAAUUAUACAUGCAUGUAAUAUACAAUGUACAUGUCAUUAUGGCGUUAUCUGUGCUCUAGUAAGAGCCAGGCUAGACUAUUGGUUGUUAUAUUAUUUGCCAUCUGAAAGCUUUUUAGAAACUUCACUUAAAUUCAGAACAUGGUAUCAAGAUUAUUAAUGCUGGUCUGAAAAUAUUUUAUCCAUCUCUAGCUAACAAUUUGUUUGAUUCUGGGCACCACUAAAUGUGGUGCUUUUACUCUAAAGAGCCCCAAAUAGCUUAAGACUAGGCGAUUGAAGGAGCAUUUUUCCCCUCCUAUGUUCCUGCAUAAUCCUUAAGAUCUGCUUCAGAGGCCCUUUUGUAUGAGGUGGGUGAUAACUAGGGAUAACUCUGUCACAGAGCCUAGAACUUCCUGAUCAGAAGGUCGCGGUUCGAAUCCCUGUGACGGGGUGAGCUCCCAUUGCUCUGUCCCAGCUCCUGCCAACCUAGCAGUUCAAAAGCACACCAGUGCAAGUAGAUAAAUAGGUACCGCUUCGGCGGGAAGGUAAAUGGCGUUUCCGUGCGCUGCUCUGGUUCGCCAGAAGCGGCUUAGUCAUGCUGGCCACAUGACCCGGAAGCUGUACACCGGCUCCCUCAGCCAAUAAAGCGAGAUGAGCGCCGCAAUCCCAGAGUCGGCCACAACUGGACCUAAUGGGCCCUUUUUUAUGAGGUGGGAGAUAACUAGGGAGAAAUCCAUGAGGUGUUAACUCGUAGCAGGCAUUUGGACUAGGAGACCUUUGAUGUCCAUUCCAUUAACUUGAAUGACAAUAAUGUUAAGCUGAAUUCCUAGCGCUGGAGUUCCUGCCUUUUCUCCAAUAUCGUUCACCAGCUAGAUCAACCAAGGCAGUUUCUUUGCAAAUACCAGAUAGAAAUGGAUCCCAAUUAGUUGCACAAUGUGUGUUAAGCAUAUGGUACUAUCGCAUCUGAAAGAAACAAGCUUUUUUUGAAGUAACAUGUUUUAUUGUUCAGGGUGGACAGAGUGGAUCAUACGGGAGCAGCAGCCAAUACGGACAGGUAAGUGUGUGUGUGUGUGUGUGUGUGUGUGUGUGUAUAAUGUAAUCUCUACAAAUGUUCUUCGGCCUUGGGUCUCCAGACACUAGAUUCCAGCUCCCAUCAUCUGCAGCAAGCAUAACCAAUGGACAUGAAUUAUGGGAGUUAUACUCCAUCAACAUCUGGAGACAUUGUCUAUACCAGUGUUUCCCAACCUUGGGUCUCCAGCUGUUUUUGGACUACAACUCCUAUCAUCCCUAGCUAGCAAGACCAGUGGUCAGGGAUGAUAGGAAUUGUCCAAAAACACUGGUCUAUACCGUAAUGUUAGAUAGUAUGCACAAAGAUGUCUUAUCGUAAAAGUGUUAUGCUUAUUUCUGUUCCGCAAUACAGAAAGUAGCUGAAUGUCAGAUAUACUAAUGUAAUGUGGUAUUGCACCAACAAAUAAACCUUAUCUGAAGUAGUAAUUGUUUUCUGUUCAGGGUGGAUCAUAUGGAGGCGGCAGCAGCGGACAGGUAAGAACUAUGUUAAUAGAUAAAUGAAAUACCUGACAUAGUAAUAUCACACACACACUCAAUGCUUAUUUUGCUCUUAAAUCUUGAAAAUAUCUUAGGGAAGGUUUGCCAUUCGUAAAUAAUAAUGAUGAUGAUGAUGAUGAUGAUGAUAAAUAAGUAUUUUCUUCCCAGGGUGGAUCAUAUGGCAGCGGCAGCAGCGGACAGGUAGGAACUAUGUUAAUAGAUAAAUGAAAUACCUGCCAUAGUAAUAUUACACACACACACACACACACACACACACACACACACACUAUGCUUAUUUUGCUCUUAAAUCUUGAAAAUAUCUUAGGGAAGGUUUGCUAUUCUUAAAUCAUCAUCAUCAUCAUCAUCAUCAUCAUUUAUUAUUUGUACCCCGCCCAUCUGGCUGGGCUUCCCCAGCCACUCUGGGCGGCUUCCAUAGAAACCAAAAAUACACUAAAAUAUCACAGAUUAAAAGCUUCCCUGAACAGGGCUGCCUUAAGAUGUCUUCUGAAUGUCAGGUAGUUAUUUAUCGCUUUGACAUCUGACGGGAGGGCGUUCCACAGGGCGGGCGCCACUACCGAGAAGGCCCUCUGCCUGGUUCCCUGUAGCUUUGCUUCUUGCAAUGAGGGAACCGCCAGAAGGCCCUCGGCGCUGGACCUCAGUGUCCGGGCAGAACGAUGGGGGUGGAGACGCUCCUUCAAGUAUACUGGGCCGAGGCCGUUUAGGGCUUUAAAGGUCAACACCAGCACUUUGAAUUGUGCUCGGAAACGUACUGGGAGCCAAUGUAGGUCUUUCAAGACCUAUGUGGUCUCGGCGGCCGCCCCCAGUCACCAGUCUAGCUGCCGCAUUCUGGAUUAGUUGUAGUUUCCGAGUCACCUUCAAAGGUAGCCCCACGUAGAGCGCAUUGCAGUAGUCCAAGUGGGAGAUAACUAGAGCAUGCACCACUCUGGCGAGACAGUCCGCGGGCAGGUAGGGUCUCAGCCUGCGUACCAGGUGGAGUUGGUAGACAGCUGCCCUGGAUACAGAAUUGACCUGCGCCUCCAUGGACAGCUGUGAGUCCAAAAUGACUCCCAGGCUGCGCACCUGGUCCUUCAGGGGCACAGUUGCCCUAUUCAGGACCAGGGAGUCCUCCACACCAGCCCGCCCCCUGUCCCCCAAAAACAGUACUUCUGUCUUGUCAGGAUUCAACUUCAAUCCAUUAGCCGCCAUCCAUCCUCCAACCGCCUCCAGGCACUCACACAGGACCUUCACUGCCUUCACUGGUUCUGAUUAUAUUAUAAUAAUAUAAUAAUGCAUUUUCUCCCCAGGGUGGAUCUUAUGGCGGUGGCAGCAGUCAAUAUGGACAGGUAAAAACUCAUUUAAUGUAUGCAUAUUAGGGAACAUAUGCCUUAGCAUAAACACAGCUAUAAAAAAUAAAUAAAAGAAAACAUUUAUAUGCUAAUUUCUGCUCCUGGUAAUAGAAAGCAGCCAUAAAAAGUAGCUAUUGUAAUUAAUGUUUCCCAUGCAGGGUGGACAGAGUGGAUCAUACGGUGGAGGCAACCAAUAUGGGCAGGCAAAAACAAAUUCAUAAAGUAGCAUACAUAGAUGAUAUAGAUAGAUGAUAGAUAGAUAGAUAGAUAGAUAGAUAGAUAGAUAGAUAGAUAUCUCAAGGCGGCAUAAAGCCAUCUGGACUUUGCCUUCUGUAGAUGGAAGGUUUUCUUCUGCCCACAAAGCUUUCUGAUCCAUUGGAUGAAUCUGGUGGAAGCUGUGUGUGUUGGGGGGGGUGACUUUCUGCCACUUCCUCCCUCUCCCUGCUCCCCCCCCCCAUCCUUCCAUGCUGUCCUGGAUGAAGACACUGACACCCUCCAGAACAGUGUGGCACUGAGGGCUACAGCGGGAGAUGCAAAAUUAGCCUCCCCAUCCAUGAUAGGAGUGAUGCCUGGAUCCAAUCCAUACAUAAGGAAACAAAAGUGUGGGUUGCCUUGAAUGGUGCCAUCUACUGGGAGAUAACUUUGCCAGUUUCCUUCCCUCUAUGGCGCUGUGCGUUAAACCACAGAGCCUAGGACUUGCCGAUCAGAAGGUCGGCGGUUCGAAUCCCCGUGACGGGGUGAGCUCCCGUUGCUCGGUCCCUGCUCCUGCCAACCUAGCAGUUCGAAAGCACGCCAAAGUGCAAGUAGAUAAAUAGGUACCGGUCUGGCGGGAAGGUUAAUGGCGUUUCCAUGUGCUGCUCUGGUUCACCAGAAGCGGCUUGGUCAUGCUGGCCACAUGACCUGGAAGCUGUAUGCCGGCUCCCUCGGCCAAUAAAGCGAGAUGAGCGCCGCAGCCCCAUAGUCGGUCACGACUGGACCUAAUGGUCAGGGGUCCCUUUACCUUUACCUUUUUCCUCUAUGCAGGUCCCCAGCAGCCCCUGGAGAUCUUUUCCAGAGGCUUCUGGGACUUUCCAGAGGAGAUUUUCAGGAGGUGCUGGAAAUUGGAGGAGGCAAAAUCUGCAAAAUUUGCCAGUAGUGAAUGGAUGCCUCCCACUGAAUCAAGAGUACUAGCAGGACCAAGAAGAUUUUCUGCUUAUAUCUGCUUAGAGAGUGACUUGCUGUAGAUCUUUUGAUAUGGUAAUAUGGUGCAUCAGUGACAAACCAUCUUUUCUUUUUUUAAAAAUUGUUUUCUGGACAGAGUGGCUCAUACGGUGGCAGCAGCAACCAGUAUGGGCAGAGUGGAUCAUAUGGCGGCAGCAGCAGCAGCCAGUAUGGGCAGGGUGGAUCGUACGGCAGUGGCAGCCAAUAUGGAAAGGUAAAAAAAAUCCUUUCCUGUUUAUAAUUUUCUUACCAUUGACAGUGAAUGCGCUUUUAUAAUUGGAACAUUGGCUCCUCCCUAGUACAGGUUUGGUCCAUGAGUAUUUCGAAUUUGAAUAGAAAGCUUUUUGUUUAGUCCCAGAAAGAAUACUCCGAUAUAAUCAUGCUUUAAAUAUACUUCUAAAAUGCAAUCAUAUUUUAACGCGUGGAGCUGAGACAUGCAUUUGAGAAAUCUUGACAAGGGUCUUGAAAACUGGUGUUCUCCUGUUUAUCAGAAUGUGUUUGUAGCUCAGUCUAAUAACUGUUAGGAACCAUUAUGAUAACUGCGAAAUAGUAACAAAAUACUAUGCCGCAGUUCUCCAAAUCUGGUCAGCCGGGUUUGCAUAUUAAGCAAAUCUGCUGGCUAUGCAAAUCAAGAGGAAAAAUUGCUGUAACAUCAGACACAAGAAAGAAAGAAAGAAAGAAAGAAAGAAAGAAAGAAAGAAAGGAGAUCUCAAAAUUAUUCUCUGUCUCUCUCUCACUCUCUCUCUUUCUCUCUCUGUGUAAAAUGUCCAGUGCAUUUUGGCAAAAGCUUUCUUCAAGGGCACGGAAGGACCUAUGAAAGAGAAAUAAAUAAAUAAAUUUUUAUUUAUAUCCCGUCCUUCCCGGUUCAGAAAACCGGGCUCAGGGCGGCUAACAACAAAUUUAAAACACUUAAUUGUGAUACAACAAAAAACUGCAUAAAAUACAGUAUAAAAGCGUGAAUAACAAUAAAUUUAAAGUUCACAAAUCAAUUUGGGGGGAAAUCCAUCCAAUAAACAUUAGAUAGUUACCAGGGCUAACUGGCUAAAUUAGUCCUAUUUGGGCCAGUGCGGAGGCCAGGGGAGAAUUAGCGGUAGGGUCCCAGAGCAGGUAAUCUUCAUAAAAAGGGGAGGGGAGGGAAGAGAGGGGAAUAAAAGAUCAGGCUAAAUUCAAAUUGAAAGCCAGGUGGAAUAGCUCUGUCUUACAGGCCAGACGGAAGGAGGUUAAAUCCUGCAGGUCCCUAGUCUCAUGGGACAGAGCAUUCCACCAGGUCGGAGCCAUCACUGAAAAGGCCCUGGCCCUGGUGGAGGAUAGUUUGACUUCCUUGGGGCCCAGGACCUCUAAACUAUGGUUAUUCAUGGACCUUAAGGUCCUCUGCGGGGCAUACCAGGAGAGGUGGUCCCAUAAAUAUGAGGGCCCUAAGAAAGAAAGAAAGAAAGAAAGAAAGAAAGAAAGAAAGAAAGAAAGAUUAUAUAUUAUACACAUAGUGACUCAUAAUUAAAGAAUCCGAUUUAUAAAAAGUUAAUGGAGGAAAGUAGAAUCUUGGGUUAGGGGAGCCAAAAUAUAAAGUUGCAUUGGAGUUCAGUGUCUGUGGGAGGAGAAUCUUGAUUUAAGACGAAGGGGAAAGAAUGGGGUUGGUAUCCACGGGAUUUCUUCAAGCAUCGGAAAUACAGGACCAGGCUUGGAAAUCAUAAGAUUGUAUGAGAUACUUUGCCUUAAGCUGACUUAUUUUUAGAAGCCUACUAAAAUCUAGGAAGCGGAAAAGUUGGGCAGCUUCCCUUCAGCUAGAUUAUAAAAAAGAGCAAAUACGUUGACAAGGAGGAGAUCGUAAAUCGCUUCUUGCAUUGCUUUGUAGCCAUCAGUUGAGGGAAACAAAGGUGGCUAUCGCUGCUUCUCUGUAUGGCAAUCAUAGCUGUGUCUUCCUUCCUAAGACAAUGGAAAGCAGACACAGACUUGGCGUCUCACUAAACAAUUGGCCAGAAUCUUCCUGUGGUUUUACCGCAUAUCUCUGGAUCUACAAAGGCUGGCAACUUAUUAUUUUUUCAGUGGAAGCUGGAAAUGUGGCCUAAAUGGCCCACGCUGGAUGGCAUGCUCAGAAUCUGGCCAAAACUUGGACAAGCAGGCCAUAUAGCAACCUUAUUUAUAUCUUUAAAGAUACCCCAUCACACACUAGAUAGGUCUGCACAUGCGUACUGCUGUCAGAAAAAUCAGCAAUCGGAGCAGUCACCUGUUCAGAUGCUGCAGGUGGCAGUAGAUCUAGUCUCUUUCUCAUGAGCCAUAAGAAAGGAAUUCUGGAUGCAAAGCAAAUUGGUGCUGCUCUCAUCCCCCGUUAGAGACACUUGCAGCUGGGUCAGAAUAUAGACAUUUACCUGUUUCCAAAGAACCGUACUGCAAAGCAUCAGGAGCAGAAACAAUCAAUUCCUAAUUUUUUGCAGAACAACUCUUCCUCAGGAGGCAGUCAGCCUGGUGGAAAGGUAAGAAUUUGGCACCUAGCUGGAUUGAGGUAUAGACGUUCUCUUAUUUCCAAAAGAAAUCUAAACCACCCAAAGAUUGCUUGGUUGUUGCUUUUUAAAAGGAACAGAAACAAACACUUCCUACUCUUUUACAGAACUCGACUUCUUCAGGAGGCAGUCAGUCUGUUGGACAGGUAAGAAAUUAACAUGCAGAAAGAGUGUGGGGGGAGAAACCACACAAAGAGAAAUCGGUAUCUUGCCAUAUUAGCACAGAAAUUGAUUGCUUGUGUGUUGCUUUUAGGGGUCCUCAGGAGGAAGCCAGUCUGGACAGGUAAUGUUUACUCAAAAUGUUAAUAUUUCAUAAAUUUGCUUUAAUAUUUUAUAAAUUUGCUUAGAUAUAUUUAUGAACUUGCUGCAAUAUUUUAGAGCAGAUGUGCAAUUUGUCAUUUGCCUGCUCUGCGGGUAAGCAGAUGAUCUCACAUUGUGGCUCUCAUUUGCAUCUCUCAUCCCCUUUAUUUUAUUUAUUACAUAAAUAUAUUGACUUUUUCCCAUGGUGAAAUUCAAGGCAUCAGACAUAUAAAGGGCUCCCAGGUGGUCUAUGGAGACACUGACUAGGCUCAGAUCAGCUUAACUUUAGCAAGGUUGCUGUAUCAUGUGUCUCCAUCUCAAAGCCAGUGUCAACCACGGUUGAGGCCAAUCAGCUUCCAUUUAACUUUGUUUCUUAACCAGGAUUUGAAGCCGAUUAAUCAUGGGCCGCUGGACCACAGACCAUCAUCGUUCUCCCCUGAUUCCUUUACCAAACCUUUUCCACAUUUAAUGCCUUAAGAGUCAGUUCCUAUUAGCCUAACCCUCUGCAAUCAAGGCUUUUUCCAGUCUGUGUUGACUGUGUAAUGGCCACUUUAUUUUAUCAUAAAGCUUUAUUAUCAUAUUCCGCAUACUGUAUAAAGAUCAGAAAGCCAUUGCUAUAUAUAUGACCUGUGUUUUCACUGUAUAAUUACAGGGUUCAGCAUCCCCUUCAGGAAGCCAGCAGGGUAGUCCGGUAAGCAUUUUUCCCUCACACAAUUGAUACUGUAAUUACUGGAUGCUAUUGGUAAACUCUUGUGUAGUGAUAGAUAGACAAGUUUAGAACAUGAAAGCCUGUUGGUUUGUUUUUGCAAAUAUAGAGCUCAUCAUACGCCGGAGGCAGGCAACCUGGUGGACAGGUAAGCAUUUUCUUGUUACCAUGCUUGUUAAUUGCAAGCCCAGGCGGACACCGCCCCCCCAGCCCCGAGAGACCACCAGAAGGAAUAAUGACUCAUGACAACGUGUUAUGGGAUUAAAAAUUGGCCACAACUUUAUUUAACCUUUCAGACGUAGGAAGACCUUGGUUUAGGCAUUGGGUGUGUAUCCCUCCCAGCCCCCCAGCUGGGGGAACUGGGGCUCUUCAGGGUGAAUGGGAUAUGGGAGGGUGCACAGCAAGACGCUUGUGUAUACUGGCAGCCCACCCCAUAUCCCUGCAAUGCAGGGGAGUUCACUGGCAACCUUUCAGUGUGUGGCCAGAGACUCCCAUAUACAAACCCCUUUAAGAGGUGAAAUAUACUUGGAGUCGAGAGUGGAUUUCAUGCUCUUCAUUCAGCUCAUAGUGGUGAGGAGGAAUGGAAGUUCCCCCAGAAUGUCUGCUUUAUAUACAUUAUUUACACAUGGGCCCCACGUGAUUGGCUAAUUCCGGGAUUCUUCUUUAGGCCAAUCAGGUUGCGGAUUCACUUCCACCUGGAGUUGGAUUGGGUGGCUCCUGUGGACCAAUCAGACUGCUGCAUUCUGGAUCCUAUUGUUCUAGGACCAAUCAGACUGCUACAUUCUGAAUCUUAUUGUUCUAGGACCAAUCAGACUGCUGCAUUUUGGAUCCUAUUCAACUCAGUAUAUAACACCCCUCCCCUCUAAGUUCCAGUCCUGCCCGGGAGGUUGCAUUCAUAGUCCUCAAGGUCACCACUUCACGUCCCCCCCCCCCCCCAUUUAGGAAAGACAGACUAAAGGAUUCCGCCCAAGGCAUAAAACCGCCAAAGUUGUGACGAAUUGCUACGGGGAAGGCAAAACCUGCCAAUGCAAGGAAAUUCCUUCCCGGCUCUUCAACAGCAACCAUCCAAAGACCGUAGCAGCGCCCGCUGAACAGGAAGGAAAAUGGUUAACCUGCAAAAAAACAUUAAACAAUGGGAGGUUAGGUAGGUGGGUGAAGCUCCGGAGCCGAUCACAUGGUUGCUGCUGGCUCCGCCUCCUAUUUAAGCAGCUGGCCCGGCCUCUCUGCAGGGCUGAUUGGCUAACUGAGGUUUGGCGGGAACCUCCAAGGACUAGCACAGGGGGGCAGGCCUGCCAAACCAGCUGGUGGGUCCCAAGUGGGCCACGGUGCCAUGCGCAGUCCCGCAAUCUAAUGUAGACAACGCAACAGAAAUGAAAUACAAAGAAGAAGAAUCAAAACCGAAACCUUAGCAAUGUUCGGAAAAUGCAUCUUGGAAGAACUAAGAGCUGAAGUUUUAGGGUCCAGAAUAAUAAUAAUAAUUUUAUUAUUUAUACCCCGCCCAUCUUGCUGGGUUUCCCCAGUCACUCUGGGCGGCUUACAACACAUAAAAAAUUGUAAAACACUAAACAUUAAAAAAUUUCCCAAUACAGGGUUGCGUUUCGUGAUUUUUAAAGUGUGAAGAAUCAUUGAUCAAUCUUAAUCCACACAAAAUUCCUCCAUAAAAAUGGCAGUCUAGUAAGAUUGCUAAAGAUAUAUGACAAGUGUUUUGUGUUUUCUUUUCAGCCUGGGUGUUAUUGUCCAGGUGGAAUGACUGUAAGUACCCAUUGCCUGCUGUAUUCAUUUGUAUGUUUUGGAAGCCAUAUGAGAUGGAUGCAUUUGUUUGUGUGUGUUUGUUUGUUUAUGAAUGAACUACCAUAUUUUUCGCUCUAUAACACGCACCCGACCAUAACACGCACAUAGUUUUUAGAGGAGGAAAACAAGAAAAAAAUAUUCUAAACGAAACAGUGGAUGUAUGAUUUUUGUGGUUCAUGCUGUGGCCACAGACAUGUGAUCUGACGGUGAGUUUGGGGUAGCCCAAUGCAAAAAUCCUGAGGAUCCAUGUGGAUCCAUGCUUUGUAACCACGUUUUUGCACCACUGCGGCCCCAGGCAACAGUGGGUGCGUGAUUUUUUUGGUGCAAGCUGUAGCCAUGGACAUGCUAUGUGAUCUGAUGGUGAAUUUGGGGUGACCCAGUGCAAAAAUCCUGAGGAUCCAUGUGGAUCCAUGCUUUGUAAUCACAUUUUAAGUGGGGAGGGAAGGAAAAGCACUCAAGGGACAAGGAACACGUGUGGGGUGGGUGGAGAAGGAUGCUGUUAAUAAUGCAGAAGUGGGGUAUAAGAGGAGAAGCAAGCAGGCUCUGCUUCUCUCCCUCCUCCCCGGCUCGCUGAAAAACUUUGCUGCUAUUUAGCCAGCUGAGUGGGGAGGAGAGAGGGACAGAGAGCCUGCUUGCUUUAAAGGAGCCAACCGGACAGGAGCCGCUUACACUCGUGCUUUGCUCCUUUAAAGCAAGCAGGCUCUCUGUCCCUCUCUCCUCCCCACACAGUGGCUCUUCUCCUACUUUGCUGUUUCAAAACGAGCCACGGAGGAGGGAAGGAAGGGGAACCAUGGAUCCUCUGCUCACGACUGCAGCAGAUCCCCCCGCCAUCAGUAGGCAUUCGCUCUAUAACACGCACAGACAUUUCCCCUUACUUUCUAGGAGGAAAAAAGUGAGUGUUAUGGUGCAAAAAAUACGGUACUUUCCAAAACUCCUGUUUUCUGCAGCAUGAGUGCAGCUAAUUCUUUUGUGAUUGCCCACCUAAUCUCUUGUGUGUACUGUGUCAGUUAUUAAAUGUUUGAGGCUAGUCUGAUGUGGCAUAUAUUUUAAACAUAUCUAUAUUACCCAUAAAAGAUACGAACAAAUGGCAUUAUUUCUAAGUAAUUGUCCUUCUGACCCCACCCUUAUAGUGGACAAGGAAUAAACUUCAACCACAUUAAUUGCAUUAAAAACAACCUGGCUUGUGUGUUGUUGUUUUUACAGGGUUCUCAGUCAGGAAGUAGCCAGUAUGGCGGCAGCCAAGGCGGCCAAUAUGGUGGUUGGCAAGGAAACCAAUAUGGUGGCAGCAAUCAAUAUGGUGGUGGACGAUACGGACAAGUAAGGAACAAUUUUCAACAGAAUUUACAUUUAGGAGCUUGUGACAUAUUUUUGUUUUUCAAAAAGCAACCUUGAAGCCCUUGAUUUGGUUCAGGGCUAUUUUGUGGGGUAACCAAUUUCAGUGUGCCAAUUUUGUGCAGCUAGUAGUCGUGGAGAUUGAAACCUAGAGGCACCCAUAUUGUGCCUGUAUCCCUUUCAUCUUUGAAUAAUAUUGGGGGAGAGGGGUUGCAUUGAAAAACUUCUACAGAGGCAAUGGGUUAUACCCUCUCCCCCAGUGCAAAAAGAGAAACCAUCACAGGAGCUCCAGUCACAGUACUCCAACAUCUUAUUUAGUUUGGCCUAUAUAUGGAGCUUUUUCCCCCCUUUUCUUUUUUUACAUGAGUGGCGGAUAAAACCAAAGCUUUCCUUUACAGGAUUGUACCAAAAUGGUGGAAACCAAAGUCGCCAGCAUGGUGGUGGACAAGACAGAAAUUUUCUCUACAGCAUUAACAAAUAAAAUAUUGGUGUUUACAUUUUUAAUAUUUAUUUAUUUCUCAUUUCUGUUUUGAUUCUAGGGUUACCCCUAUGGAAGUAGCCAAUAUGGUGGCGGACGGCUAGGCAGCCAAUAUGGUGGAUAUGUAAGGACUGUUUAACAAAUGUAGUUGUUAUUUAUAAGUACCAAUAAACUUUGUAGAACUAACUUCUCAGUAAAACAUCAUGGAGCCAUGCUAAAUUGCUUUGUCCUCUCAAUAUGAUAUGGCAAUGAGCUUUAUGCUCUUCAGAGCUGAGACAAAAUUUAUCCGAAGACAUUUUUUCUGAGGAAGUUUUGGAGAUUUUUCUUUUUCUCACCCUCAGAGGAAAAUAAGGCAGCUUUCUCCCAACACCCUCACUAUUUUUUGUUGCCACUGCCCUGUCCCCCUCACAGUGCCACAGAAUUCUGCUAGGUCUUGCAUGUUGUUUGGAGGAUUCAAAAUGGCGGGCAGGAUGUCAACAUGAUUGCUGCUCUUUCCAAUGCCAGCAAAGAAAACAAAGCUGCCCAUCACUCCUAAUCUUUCCCAGUUACAAUGAAACUCAACAGGCCUAGCCAGUGCCUCAGGAGAACCGAGUGUGAAACUGGGCAACAAAAGGGUUUUAUGGCAGAUACACUGAUAUUCCUCAGCAGACAAGUAGGCAUGGCAGUAGUUCUCUCAGGGUAGAAAGUUUGAAAACGCUUAAUUCAUUUGGAUUUCAAGCCUACGUCAUCCUUAUGAAGUAACUGGCUGUACAAAGAGUCCAAUAAUCCACAUGAAGGCUUGUUAGAAGGGUUGUCAGUAGAACAGUAUUACAGGAUAGUGGAUCUUAUAGCAUAGUAGUGUAUGAGCCUGUUCUACUGAUGAAGCCUAGGUUGGCGAAACAAGGCUAAUAUUCCAGAUAUCUUUGUCUUUAGACUCUGUGAAAGGAUUGUGUGGAACUGUAACAACCAUUCAUGUGAAUUAUUGGACUCGUUGAACAGACAGGUGGAAUAGAUACUUUUACAUGUAUGAACCUUAUGCAUGAACUGACUAGAGAAUGAACUGAUCCACUGGGUUUUCUGCUUUUCUCGUUGAACUUUAUGAAACUUCCAUUGAAAUUUACAAUUUGAUACAAUGAAUAAUAUACCUUAUUUAUUCAAAAGUACAGCCGGUUACGUCUUGUGUGUUUAUUGAAUAUCCUUAUGAAGUAGGCUUUCCCCCGCUCUUUCAAAAUAUGUGACUAAAUACUUUUAAAACCAAAGAGUAUUUACACUCUGAUGCUGAGAAGCGAGGGACAAUCCUGUAUCUGCUUACCUGGGAGUAAACUCCAUUGAACCCAAUGGAGCUUUCUUCUGAGUUUACAUUUCUAGGAUUGUGCUGUACCCUCGGUUGGAAUCAGUGGCCAAUGUUCACAAGUAGGAUCAUAACUGAGUAGGUGAUUCCUCCACCCCAGCCGGACAGUAGUGCACGUUUCCUAUAUUUAAUGGGUUUCUCAUUUUUAUAGGGUUCACCAUACGGAAGUAGGCCAUAUGGUUCCAACAAGGUAAGCAGCCUUUUUGCAUUAGCUUUUAAUCUUCUUCUUGGCUUGGAGAGCAUUUCUAAAAGUAUAUAUAUGACUUUGAAAGUAUCAGCGAAGCUUCUAAAUAGCCCGGGACUGUAAUCAAUCAUGAAGCACUCGACCCAGUACUAAAACUGGUUUAUUAUCAUGUGCUGGGAUAUUUUCACAAGUUAACACUAAUAGCCUAAUCUGAUGUAUCUCUACACAAAAGUAAGCUUGACUGAAUUCAGUGGGAUUUACUUCCUAGUAAGUGUGCUUAGAAUUGCUGCCUAAAACACACUAUCAUGGGAGUUGUUGGCCUUUAAUUCAGCCAGACUUCUUCACAAAUAAACAAGUAUAGGAAUGUGCUGCAAUUCUGUGAUCAUGUAUAUUCUUAAAGAGUAAAUUUUGUUGAACAAUCUGCAUGGUUGCAGUUUUCUAUGCCCUUACAGAAGAAAGUGCCUUACUUCUGUGUAAGAAUGCUGCCAAACUUCUCUUUGGCAAAAAUCUGUGCCACAUCUUAGAAAUCUGGAGGGAACUGUGUUUCAAUAAGAAAGGGGGAAAUUCUGGGCUCUGGAGGUCCCAUCAUGAGCCAGAGGCUCCUAGGCUACGCACAGAAAGGCCUCUGCACCUUGAGGCCAUAUGAGGACUUACUAUGAAUGUGCCGAGGCUGAGCUGCUGAAAUAAUUUGCACUCAUUUCCCCCCUUCUGCAGGGUUUUCAAAGCAAUCAGGCUCCUCACUCUGUAAGUACACUGUUUUCAGAACAUUUACAUUCCCCCCCUUCCUUAUUUCUGUUAAAUGACAACGGCCAUGUUCAAAAUUAUACUGUGAACAAUAUUGGAUGGUAGUGAGUUGGUGGCAUAGACUAGAAAUGUGCAUUGAUCUUUAUGUGCAACUUUUGGUUGACUGCCACAUCUUCUUCUUCUUCUUCUUCUUCUUCUUCUUCUUCAACAAUGCUUUGAAGUGAUUCACUGGAGUCUAAGGGAGCAGACACCUUUUUCUCUCUCUUGUAUAUCCACCCAAUGUAUGUGUACAGUAGAAAUUUGGAAUGGGUUUUUCAAAGGGAGGGUGCAGGAGAGGGGAGUGGACCCUCCCUUUCUUCCACACACCAGAUAUUUUCUCCACUUCCAAUUCACUUCUGGUACCAGAGCUGCAUACGGAGAAAAUUACCUGCAGGAAUUGACAAGAAGGGGAAAGGCAAGAGAGGAGGAAGAGGAUUCAAAGUCUACAUGCUCCUUUUACUGUUAAAAUUAGUCACACACCCCACUUUGUAUUUAAAUGGAAGUUUGCACAUAUCUUUUGUCCGAAAAGGGUUCUUAUCAUAACUUGUAAAAAUUACAGUCUUGUUAACAUUUUGUAGUUGGACUUUAGCCAAAGGAUCCUAAGUCAUAGGAUAAAAGGAUGGGUUAUCAGGAAGGUAAACAGUGAGGUACCCUCAGGACCUAUCCAGAGACUGAUGCUAUUUAAUCUCAGGCAUCGUAAUGCAGUGGCAGAGUGGACUGUACCACUGCGUUCUGAAGGUGAUGCGUGCCGUUUUUUGGAAGUUUCCCACAAGUUCACUGCAAACAAAACAUAAACCUAGCAUGUGAGGGAGAAAGGUUUUAUCCUGGCCUCUUCUCUAUUUGAAAUUUCCACUUUCAAGUACAUGUUUGGGCUAUUGCUUUUCAACAUAGGAUACACUUAACGAUUGUGAUGCUUCCACUGGCAGUCUGAAAUGAUACAGUUCAUUCUACCGCCUCAUGAGCAGACAAGGCCUUAUUCAUAAAUGAUGUGCAGUCAGGUGGUCGGGUUUGUGGAUGCCACCAAAUUAUUUGCGAUGGUGGGAAUCCAAGCAGAUUGUGAAACCUUCCAAAUGGAGCUCUCCAAAUUGGGGAAUGGGCAACAAAAUAAAUGCCCACCAAAAUUCAGUGGAAGAAAGGGCCCUUAGGGAUUCACAUUGUGGCCAAUAGGCACUGAAAGGAUCUGUGACUCCCCAGCAAAGGUAGUUCACUUUAAACAUCAAUUCAUUGUGUGCCAGCCAUGAAACAUGCAUAUUUUAUGAUGCAAAUUACUAGCGGAAGGGAUUGAAAAUAAAAAGUGAUGAGUGCCAUAAUGCCAUUAUAGAAGUCUCUUGUGUGUGUGCAUUAGGAAUACUGUGUGCUAGGAUAUUGCAGAGCUAGAAAAAGGUGCAGAAAAUGACUACUCCCCAAAUGACCAAGCAAUUAAAGCACUUUCCUAUGAAUUUUUUUCACCAUCUCACAAUACUAGAAACUGAUUCUAGAGUGAUUAUAUAUGUGUGUUCUUUUGCAGGACGCUUCCGGGAAGCAACCCAUCUUCAGCCUGUUACUUUUCAGUGUUCUCGCACCUCUACUAUCUCUUAUUCAGUGGAUGAUCUAA